AAGCAAAACUACACGGACUAGAACCUGUGUAGUUUUGUUUUUUUGGGUCAUAUUGAGGCUCAACCGUUCUCACCUUGGAUAUUCUGGAAACAUUCUGGAUAAGAGGAUUGUUGCUGAGGCGGUAGCCUUCUGGGCGCAGUCCCAUCAAUUAUAGGCACCAUUGUGAUACAAGGUGCCUACCACCAUGUCGACGCAGGCUCCGACGUUUACACAACCGCUUCAGAGCGUUGUGGCGCUUGAGGGUAGUGCCGCAACGUUCGAAGCCCAAGUUAGUGGUAAUCCAGUUCCUGAGGUGAGCUGGUUUCGUGAUGGCCAGGUUCUUACUGCUGCCGCUCUGCCCGGCGCUCAGAUCUCGUUCAGCGAAGGCCGCGCUGUUCUGAGGAUCCCCGCCGUGACAGCCGCACACAGCGGAAGAUUUUCUGUGAGAGCCACCAAUGGCGCUGGACAAGCCACUAGCACCGCUGAACUGCUGGUUACAGCGGAAACUGCACCACCAACUUUCAUUCAAAGACUACAAAGCAUGACCGUGAGACAAGGAAGCCAAGUGAGACUGGAUGUUCGUGUAAUGGGAAUCCCUACACCUGUGGUGAAGUUCUACAGAGAGGGAGCUGAGAUUCAGAGCUCCACUGACUUUCAGAUAGUUCAAGAAGGAGACCUUUACAGCUUGUUGAUUGCCGAGGCCUUCCCUGAAGACUCUGGAACAUACUCCGUCAAUGCGUCUAACAGCAGUGGACGUGCUACCUCUACUGCUGAACUUUUGGUCCAGAGCGAAGAGGUUGUAGUGCCUGCAAAGAAGACCAAGACUGUUGUUUCUACCUCUGAGAUUUCACAGACUCGCCAGACUAGAGUGGAAAAGUCACAGAAAAUGGAGGCUCGUUUUGAGUCCACAGCCAUGAUGGAAAUGGAAAUGGAGGGAGGUGUUGAGAUUCAGCAUUUGGCUCACAAGACACCCCCUCGUAUACCUCCAAAACCAAGCUCCAAGUCCCCCACAUCUACGUCAGUGGUAUCAAAGAUCACAGCUGCUCGCCACCAGUCCCCCUCCCCCGUGAGACAUGUUAAGGCCCCCACCCCAACACCUGUUAGACCUACGUCACCAACUUCAAGACUGUCUGUAUCCCCUAUCAGACCAGUGAAGUCUCCAAUUACUACACGCAGGCAGGUCACAAUCGGAGCUGAAGUGCUGCCUCCAUGGAAGCAGGAAGGCUAUGUCGCAGAGUACACUACUAUGGCUGGCGGGGCCACAUAUGUCCAGACCUCUACCACACAUGUUCAGAAGGAACAGUGGGAAACCUCUUUUGCUGGUCAUGUCAGCGGAGCCGCUGUCAAACAGGUGGUUGAGGCUGCGGUGAUCCCUUCACAUACACGAGAGCAAGUGAUGCCACCAACUAUUGUUGCUGGAUUGAAGAACUUGACCGUUACAGAGGGAGAGUCUGUGACUCUGGAGUGCCAGAUCUCAGGCCACCCUACACCUGGCAUUAUGUGGUUCAGGGAAGACUACAGGAUUGAGAACUCCAUUGACUUCCAGAUCACAUAUGAGAGUAACUUUGCCCGCUUAGUGAUUCGUGAGGCCUUUGCUGAGGAUAGUGGCCGUUUCACUUGCACCGCUACCAGUGAGGCUGGAACAAUCAGCACCUCUUGCUACCUUCUUGUCAAAGUGUCUGAGGAAAUUGAGAGCAGGGAAGAUUUGACUGCUGCCUCUGAACACAUUGAAAUAUCCACCCAUGAAAGACACAUUGAAGCCAAAGAGGAGACUAUGUCAGAAGUCAGUGCUGUGUCAGAGUCCGUGGAAGCUGGAGCAGCUGUGGCUCCUUUCUUUGUGAAAAAGCCCACCGUACAGAAACUGGUAGAAGGUGGCAGUGUUGUCUUUGAGUGUCAGAUUGGAGGCAGCCCCAAACCCCACAUCUACUGGAAGAAGAGUGGAGUUCCACUAACCACUGGAUAUAGAUAUAGAGUAGCCUACAAAAAGGAGACAGGACAAUGCAAGCUGGAGAUCUCCAUGACAUUCCCUGAUGAUGCUGGAGAGUAUACAGUCUUCGCCAGAAAUCAGCUUGGAGAGGUAUCUGCCUCAGCCAUGCUCCUUGAUGAAGAGACAUAUGAAGCUUAUCUGAAGGAACAGGAAAUGACAUACAAGACUGAAGUGACCACUACACUGGAGCAGCAGCCCAAAGUGGCAGAUGUGCCCCCUGUCAUUGUAAGUGAAACCGAAAAAGAGCAAAUACUCAUUCAGAGGAGGAUGGCACAGCAGGCGCAAAUGAUGCGCUCCUUCAUUUCUGAGCAAGAGUUCCAAAUAUCUACUGCAGAGCAGAGGUUUGUCUACGAGAUUGAGUUACGUCUUCUUAAGAUUUCGUACCAGGAACUGGUGACUGAGGAUGGGGAGCAGAUGGAUGUGAGCAUUUCUGAGCAUGAGGCUGUGUCCCCAGUCUUCGACAUUCCUGUGAAGAAUUACAGACUCAGGGAAGGAAUGAGUGCCACUUUCCACUUCAAAAUGACAGGAACGCCACUUCCUAAGAUUGCUUGGUACAAAGAUGGCAAGCGUAUCAAGCAUGGAGAUCAUUAUCAGAUUGAGGUUCUUCAGGAUGGUAGAGCCAGUCUGCGCAUUCCUGUGGUGCUGCCAGAAGAUGAGGGUGUCUAUACUGCUUUGAUUAGCAACAUGAAGGGUAAUGCUGUCAGCUCUGGGAAGCUGUAUGUAGAUCAAGCUAUUCCACAGACACAGCACCCUCAGUCAGAAGCAGUUCAGAGAAUCAGAUCCACAUCGCCACGCUCCACAAGUCGUUCCCCUGGACGUUCACCUGCUCGUAGGCUGGAUGACACUGAUGAAGCCCAGCUUGAGAGGCUUUAUAAGCCUGUUUUUGUCACAAAGCCAUCAUCGGUUAGAUGCUCUGAGGGUCAAACCGCAAGAUUUGAUCUGAAGGUUGUUGGUAGACCCAUGCCUGACACUUUCUGGUUCCAUAAUGGACAACAAGUGGUUAAUGACUACACCCACAAGAUUGUGGUGAAGGAAGAUGGAACACAAUCAUUGAUUGUGGUUCCUGCCAUGCCUCAUGAUUCUGGAGAAUGGACAGUCGUUGCUCAGAACAGAGCUGGAAAAACCUCCGUUUCUAUGACUCUCACUGUAGAAGCAAAAGAAAACUUGGUGAGGCCUCAGUUUGUUGAGAAACUGAAGAACAUCAGUGUUAAGGAGGGCAGUUUGGUUGAGUUGGCUGUUAAAGCAAUUGGAAACCCCCUUCCCGACAUUGUCUGGCUGAAGAACAGUGACAUUGUCUCACCACACAAACACCCAAAUAUCAAGAUUGAGGGUGGCAAGGGAGAUGGUCGUUUUAAGAUCCCCCAGAGUUCUGGUUCUGAUAGUGCCUGGUACACGGCCACAGCUAUAAACAAAGCUGGCAGAGAUACCACACGCUGCAGAGUCAAUGUCGAGGUAGAGGCAGUGGAACCUCAGCCAGAGAGAAGACUCAUCAUUCCUAAAGGAACCUACAAGGCUAAGGAAAUUGCUGCACCAGAGUUGGAGCCUCUGCAUCUCCGCUAUGGUCAGGAACAAUGGGAGGAGGGUGACCUUUACGACAAAGAGAAGCAGCAGAAGCCUCAUUUCAAAAAGAAACUGACUUCAGUCAGACUUAAGCAGUUUGGCCCUGUGCACUUUGAUUGUAGACUGACCCCUAUUGGUGACCCCACAAUGAUUGUUGAGUGGUUGCACGAUGGCAAGCCGCUGGCAGCUGCUAACAGACUACGCAUGGUCAAUGAGUUUGGUUACUGCAGUCUCGACUAUGAAGCCGCUUAUGCCAGAGACAGUGGUGUUAUUACCUGCAGAGCCACCAACAAGUUUGGUGUUGACCAGACCUCCGCUACCCUAAUUGUGAAAGAUGAGAAGAGCCUUGUUGAGGAAAGCCAGUUACCAGAGGGCAGGAGAGGACCGAGAAUAGAUGAAAUUGAGCGCAUUGCUCAUGAGGGAGGUCCUUCAGGAGUUACUGGAGAUGACAUGACAGAAAAAACUAAACCUGAGAUUGUUUUGCUUCCAGAGCCAGUAAGAGUACAGGAGGGGGAAAAUGCUAAAUUCCGCUGCAGAGUGACUGGCUAUCCAACACCCAAGGUCAACUGGUACCUCAAUGGACAACUUAUUCGUAAGAGCAAAAGAUUCAGGCUACAGUAUGAUGGUAUUCACUACUUGGAGAUCAUGGAUACCAAAUCUUAUGACUCUGGUGAUGUCAAAGUUGUGGCAGAGAACCCUGAAGGUGCAGUCGAACAUGUUGUGAAGUUUGAGAUUAAGCAGAGGGAGGACUUCCGCACUGUUCUGCGUCGAGCACCAGAGAUUAAGGCUCCUGCACCUGCGGUUCAAGAGCAUGGCAGGGUAUCCUUUGAGGUUGUUAAACCUGAGAAGCCUUCUGAACCAUCAAAAGAGACCAAGGAGGUGGUGAAACUGAGGAAAACUGAGAGGGUAAUUCAUGAGAAACUAACAGAGGAAACGGAAGAGCUGAGAAGUAAAUUUAAACGCAGGACUCAGGAGGGCUACUAUGAAGCAAUCACUGCAGUUGAACUCAAGUCCCGGAAGAAGGAUGAGUCCUAUGAAGGCAUGCUUAGGAAGAGGAAGGAAGAACUCCUUCAUCAUACCAAAGAACUGACAGAGGCUGAAAAGAAAAAAGAAGAGGAGCGAAAAGUCACCGUUCCCAAAUUCAAACCAGAGAAAGUAGUGCUUUCACCAAGUAUGGAAGCUCCAAAGAUUCUGGAACGUAUCCAGAGUCAUACAGUUGCUCUCGGCGAUGAAGUGCGCUUCCGUUGCAGAGUAGUUGGUAGACCAGAUCCAGAAUGCCAGUGGUUCAAGAAUGGAGUUUUGAUGGAGAAAUCAAACCAUAUUUACUGGCAUUGGCCUGAGGACCAUGUCUGUGAACUGGUCAUUAAAGAUGUGUCUGCUGAAGAUUCAGCUAGCAUCAUGAUCAAAGCAAUGAAUGUUGCAGGAGAAACCUCAAGCCAUGCAUUCUUGCUGGUUCAGGCAAAACAAGUAAUUUCAUUUACUCAAGUACUAGAAGACCAAAGUGCGAAAGAGAAGGACACCAUGGUGACCUUUGAAUGUGAGACUAAUGAGCCUUUUGUCAAGGUCAGAUGGCUGAAGAACAAUGCAGAGAUUUUCUCUGGAGACAAGUACAGGAUGCACUCAGACAGAAAGGUGCACUUCCUGUCUGUGCUGAUCAUUAACAUGAGUGACGAGGCAGAGUACAGCUGUGUUGUUGCAGAUGACGAUCACAUUAGAACAUCUGCAAGACUUCACGUUGAAGGUGCCCCACUUGAAAUUGUGAAAAACCUUGAGAACACAGAAGUACCUGAGACAUACGCUGGAGAGUUUGAAUGUGUCUUGUCCCGUGAGGAUGCUGAAGGCACCUGGUACUUCCAGAGCAAAGAGAUCACUCCAAGUUUGAAAUAUGUCAUAUCCUCACGCCGUGGCCGCCACAGCCUGUCUGUAAAAGAUGUGAAGAAAGAAGACCAAGGCAAAUAUACCUUCAAAGUGGGCGAUCUAAAGACCAGUGCCUCCUUGAAGAUGAAAUUGCGUCCAGUUACGCUGCUUCAAGGCCUCUCUGACCUGACAAUCUGUGAAGGUGAUAUCGCCCAACUGGAGGUGCGAUUCUCUCAGGAGAAUGUGGAAGGAACUUGGCUUAAAAAUGGUCAGGCUGUCUCUGCCACAGAUCGAAUUCACAUGGUGAUUGACAAGCUGACCCAUAAACUUCUCAUUGAAGAUGCUAAUAAAGAUGAUGCUGGGGUGUACUCCUUCAGUGUUCUGACCCAAGACAUUUCCACCUCUGGAAAACUUGUUGUUCAGACUAUUGACUUCUUAGCACCAUUAAAGGACAUCUCUUCAGUCGAGGGCACAAAGUCUGUCUUUGAGGCCAAGAUCACUGCCGCUGAUGUCAGCUCAGUGAAAUGGUACCAUAAUGACAAACUUCUGACACCCAGCGACAGAGUGCAAAUGGUUGCCAAGGGAUCCAAACAACGUCUAGUAUUGAAUAGGACCUAUGCUUCUGAUGAAGGACAAUAUAAGAUGGCUGUGGGUAGAGUUGACUCAUCAUGCAGACUGACAGUUGAAGGAAUCAGCAUCGUAAAGCACAUGGAAGACUGUGUUUGUACUGAGACCCAGAAUGUCACCUUUGAGGUUGAAGUAUCUCACCCUGGGAUUGACGCACUCUGGACCUUUAAGAGUCAACCUCUUAAAGCUAGUUCCAAGUACAAAAUUGAGGCUAAGGGCACCCGUUAUAGCCUCACUGUCAUCAAUGCCAUGAAGGACGAGGAGGGCUUGUACACAUUCGCUGCUGGAGAGAAGACAUCCAGUGCAAAUCUCAUUGUUUCAGGUGGUGCCAUAAGCAGACCCCUGCAAGACUUGACAGUAGCAGAGUCCCAGACUGCUGUGCUGGAAUGUGAAGUGGCCAACCCCACUGCUGAGGGAAAGUGGUUUAAGGAUGGACAGCAUGUUGACAUCAGUGACAAUGUCAGGAGUGAAGAGAUAGGCACCGUAAGACGCCUUGUCAUUGUCAUCACAAGGCCACAGGAUAUUGGAGAGUACACCUACCAGGUGGCAAACUCCAAAACAUCAGCCAACCUGAGGGUUGAAGCUGUUAAGAUCAAGAAGACCAUCAAGAACCAAACUGUCACAGAGACACAGGAGGCAGUGUUCAGUCUUGAACUUACCCAUGUGGAUGUAAAGGGGUCCCAGUGGAUCAAGAACGGAGUGGAGAUUGUUCCAAGUGACAAAUAUGAGAUCACAGUAGAAGGCACAGUUCACUCUUUGAGGAUCAAAGACUGUAACACCCAGGAUGAAUCAGUUUAUGGAUUCAAACUUGGAAAGCUCUCCGCUAAUGCCAGACUGAAUGUUGAGACAAUCAAAAUAGUGAAGAAGCCUAAGGAUGUUACAUCACUGUUGGGUGCCACUGCCUCCUUUGAGCUGAGCCUCUCCCAUGAUGACAUUCCAGUUAAAUGGAUGUUCAAGAACCAAGAACUGAAGCCAAGUGCUAAUAUAAAGAUUCUCUCAGAGAGGAAAGCCCAUAAGUUGGUCAUUCAAAGUGUGGAAGAUAACAUGGCAGGAGAAUACAUUGCCAUGGUUGGACAUUUGCAAUGUGGCGCAAACCUCCAUGUUGAAUCUUUGAAGGUUACUAAACCCUUGAAGAACAUAGAGGUUCCAGAGACCCAGGUGGCCACAUUUGAGUGUGAAGUCUCACAUUUCAACGUCCCAUCCACCUGGUUGAAAAAUGGAGUUGAGAUUGAGAUGAGUGAGAAGUUCAGCAUCGUGGUGCAGGGAAAGCUCCACCAACUCAAGAUCAUGAACACCGGCAGAGAUGAUGCUGCAGAGUACUCCUUUGUGUGUGGAAAUGACAGAGUCUCCGCCACUCUGACUGUCAGCCCCAUUCUGAUCACCUCCAUGCUCAAAGACCUCAAUGCCCAGGAGAAGGACACCAUUACAUUUGAGGUGACUGUCAACUAUGAGGGCAUCACCUAUAAAUGGCUGAAGAAUGGCGUGGAGAUUCGAUCGACCGACAGAUGCCAGAUCCGUUCCAGACAGCUCACACACACUCUCGCCAUCCGUAAUGUGCACUUCGGUGAUAGCGCAGAGUAUAAGUUUGUGGCUGGAUCUGCUGAGACAUCAGCCAAGCUGUUUGUUGAGGCUCGUGUCAUUGAGUUCACAAAACACAUCAAAGACAUCAAGGUCACUGAGAAGAAGAAGGCCAUUUUUGAAUGUGAGCUCUCUGAGCCUAAUGUUCAGGUCACAUGGAUGAAAGAUGGGCAGGAACUGGAGUUAUCUGACAGGUUCAAAGCUACCACAGACAAAUACAUACAGCGCUUGAUGAUCCAGACCACACGUAUGUCUGAUGCUGGCGAAUACUCUGUGGUUGCCGGCUCAAGCAUGUCUAAGGCUCACCUCACGGUUGAGGGCAAGGAUGUUCACAUCUCUGAGCCUGCAGAAAAGGACAUCACUGUGGUUGAGAAGCAGAGAGCCACGUUUGAGUUUGAGGUCAGUGAGGAUGAAAUCGAAGGCCGCUGGCUAAGAAAUGGAACUGAGAUUCAAUUCACUGUUGAGAAACGCUUCAACUACGUCACUAUUAGAAAGCUGCAUCGCUUGACAAUCAACGAAACUUAUAGGAAUGAUUCUGGGGAAUACACGUUUAUUGCUGGGAAGAACAGAAGCACAGUGAACUUACAUGUCAAGAUCCCCGAGCCUCCUCAGAUCAUCAGACACAUGGAGCCUUUGUCUGUUGAAGCUGGCAAACCGGCACGCUUCUCUGUGGAAGUGACCGGCAUCCCACAGCCUCAGGUCACCUGGUACAAGAACUCUCAGGCGCUGUCCUCUGGAUUCAAGUGCAAGUUCCACAGAGAAGGAAAUGUAUACACUCUGCUCCUCAUUGAGGUCUUCCCAGAAGAUGCAGCUCAGUACACUUGUGAGGCAAGCAAUGACUAUGGUCAAGCCAGCAGCUCUGCUGUACUCAAUGUGGAAGUUCCGGAAGUGAUUUCUCCAGAAGCUGCAGUUCCACUUUCCCCACCUGUGAUAAUAUCUUCUAUACAUGAUUCAUUUGUUGAGGAGGGAGAGUCUGCCAGAUUCCAGUGCCGCGUGUCUGGAGAAGAUCUGACGGUUACUUGGUACCACAGAGAUAAGGAGAUUAAGCAGUCUGACAUUUUCAAAGUCUCUCAGUUUGAUGACUGCCUACAGCUGGAUAUUGCUAGAGCAUAUGCUGAGGCUGAAGGGGAAUACUCUUGUGUUGCCCGUAAUUCCUCAGGGAUGGUCUCUUGUUCUGCAGUUCUGAGAGUAAAUGUGCCAAAGGUGGAAGAGGAAUCCUCACAUGUGGAAGAAACCAGAGCUUUUUCUAGCUUGGCUGUGUCUACUGAAGAGGACUCUUACACAACAAGCCUUCACAUAAAAGAAAAAGGCAAAACCUUUGAACUUGAGCCAGAUUCGAAAUUGUAUUCCGAGUCCAUAGAGAGACAAAUAGAAAAGCCAGUUUUUGUAACCAAACUCUCCCCAGCAAUAGCAACUGUUGGAAACACUGCUAAAUUUACAGUAAUCAUAUCUGGAUUUCCCAAACCAGUUGUUCAGUGGUAUCACAAAGGUCAGGUAAUAACCUCUUCAUCUGUUUAUACGUUUGUCCAAGAGAAUGAAGAACAUACUCUGGUAAUAAGUGACAUUAAAAAGGAAUUAGAGGGAGAGUACUCCUGUACCGCGAGCAACAGACUUGGCAAAUCAACCUGUACCUCUUAUCUUCAUGUUAAAGUGAAGGAUGCAAAGAAAGUGGAACAACCUAUUACACAACCACCGUAUUUCACCAAAGCAGUCGAGUCUGUGCAGUGCACAGUUGGAAGCAGCGCAGUCUUUGAGUACGAAGUUACAGGGGCUCCACCCCCUAGUGUUCAGUGGUUCAGAGGAAGCUAUCAUAUUCAACCUAGUAAAUAUUGUACCAUUGUCAGUAAUGUGGAUGGGUCUGGUUUCAUAAAGUUAACAGACAUUCAGCAAAGUGACAGUGGUCUCUACUCAUGCAAGGCCUCCAACCUGCUUGGAGAAGCCUCCUGCAGUGCUGAACUAGUUGUCCUCCUUGAUACAGUCACUGCAAUUCAAAAGCAAGAGCAAGUCAUUACACAGAAAACUUAUAGGACCUCUGUUUAUGAACAAGCCAUGGAGUCCCACAUGUACAGUGCGAGCCUUUCUGGACAGGCAAGAGCUAGUCGACAGGAGGGACAGCAGAUAAUUCACACCACAGAAGAUAGGCAGACUGUAGCAAACGAAUAUAUAGGUACUCUGAGUGAGUUAAAUGUUUCAUCAGCAAGUAUGCACAUGGAGCAAGUAACUCGCCAAGCUGCACUUCUACACUCUUACGAGAUGCAAGAGAGAGAAAAUGUUACACUGACCCAGCCGCUACCCGCUGUGGCAACACCUUUAAAACAGCUCCAUGUGGCUGCAGUGACCUCUACUGUUCAAGAAAGCCAAGGCUUCACGGAACAACACUUUGAUCGUAUCGAAAGUCCAGAGGUCAUAGAGCUUGAGCUCACUGAGGAACAACCCUCAAAAGUGAUGUCUGCCGUUUCAGAGAGCAUGACGCCUCUUGCUAUUGUGAAAGCUGAAUCUUUAACUAGCAUAGACGGUGAAAAGACACGUUCCAUUCCAGAACCAAAACAUGCCGUCAGUAGUCAUAAAGUUGAGACAAGGUUGGUUAUCCAAAAGGAAGAAUGUAAGAAAAUCCCAGUCCCUCAGGAGGAGAAAUGUUUCAGAAUAAAAGAAGGAGUUAAAAUAUUACAAUCUACAAUAACUUCAGAGAACCUUCAGCUUACUGAGGCUCAUUCUUCAACUCUACCAUCGCUGGAGUGCACAGAAGGUCUUGUAGGAAAGGAACAAUCCAAACCAGUGAAUACAUCUGUCAGUGAAAUAAAACAUACGUUUUCAAAAGAAAGUGGUUUUGACGUAGAUAAACCAGCUGAGGAAGUCGCACGGUUCUCCAAAGACCAAAUGUUAAAAUUUGCCCCCAUUGCAGAAGAAACGCAUAAACUUCAGGCAGACAAAACAGCAACCAUAGCAGGUUUAGACAGUGCUGUUUCAGUGCAUUCUCAAAGAGAAGGGGAUCGAGUGCUUCAUUUGCAGGUAAUAAGUGACCAGGGUACUCUUUCAUCUGAAGGUAGAUUUACCAGUGAGAAACCAAGACCGGGCCAAGCUGAAUCCAGAAAAAGUCCCAUUCUUUUAUACACAACAUCUGCACAUGAGCAGACAGCUCUUAGUUGUGAGCACUUAGCACAGAUUUCUUCCAAAGAGUCCACAGUGUCCUUGAAACCAUGGGAAGAGGCUCCUGCCAAAUUACGUCUUCCGUCAGUGCAGUCAGGGACGACUUUAUCCAAAGAAGAACUUCUUUCAAUACAAGAGCCUGACCAGCAGAUGGCAGUGCAGAGAAAGGAAAAAGCUCGGUUACAUGCGGUUACCACAGAAGAGAAAAAAGAACUGAAUGCAGAUUAUUCCAAACAUCUUGAUGUUACUGUGACAGGGGACAAAACAGAACACAGGAUAGAGCCUAAACCUUUGACCAUGCUUAAUGUGAUCUCAGAGCCUAUGAAGCUCCAAAAGGAAAGCCCUUUUACAGCUGCUGUGAGGGAACAGCGUGCACUUGUGCAAAAGGAGGAAAGCUGCAAUGUUAUGUAUGCUAUGUCCGUGUUGGACAGACAUACUUUAGAGGAGGGUCAUACUGACAGUCUGAAGGUACUGGAUAAGUUUUCUUGCAAGGUAAAUGUAGAGCCCAAACUACCUGUGCAGCCUCUGCAUGUCGAGGAGAAAGCCAUAUCCACAGAAAGCUGUGUCACUCUUGAGGCAGCAGAGCAGGAUUUUGCGGUUCAAAUUCAAGAAGGCCAGUCUCUGAGGCAUUCAGUAUUAAUGGAAGAGAAGCAAACUCUGACAAGUGAAGUGUCUCCGGAAAUUAUCAAACCAGAGACGUCGAUAAUAAAUAUCAUCACUCAGCCUACAGGACCUCUUCAAGUGACAGAGUCUCAAGAAAGCCAAACCCUUCCAAAGGAGUUUACAUUUGUGAUUUCCGUACCAAAAUCCCACUCUUUGGAUAUCAAACAACAGCUGAGAAGCGCCUUCCUGUGUGCCACGGCCCGUGAUCAACCCUUAAUCCUGGCAGAUGUGGUCCGCAGCUUAGAAGUUGUGGAAGUGAAGGAGGUCAAGGCACGAAAAGAACCUAAGUACACAAUGUUCUCAUAUCUUAUUACAACAACAUCUGCCCCAGUAGAAAUAACUGUUGCUUUUGAGGGGGAAUAUCCUCAGACAGCUGAUCUCAAAACUGAACUUCAGGCAGCCUUAAACUCCCUUAUUUACAAGGAACAACAGGUCCUCACUUCUGAACAGCUUGACGCAAUGGCAGUUCUCAGACACCAGAGAGUACAGCUUAGUAUGGCUCCCUCAAAAGAGAUACUAUCACCUGUGGUAGAGACUGUCCAGUUGACAGAAAAUGUGGAAGCUUUUAUCUCACCUAAAACACAGUCAGCUGCUUUGAAGACUGAAGCCAAAGAUUCUUUUAAGUAUAUUCUUGCAGAAGAGUCAACACAUCUGGUGACUCAGAUAACCACUGAAAGAAAACUGGACAUCCAAAGGUCCAUUCAGACUGAAAUGAAAUCUAUAUCAGUACAAGGCUUUGAAAGAGAUGUAGGUCUUGGAGGUGUCACUGCUACUGUGCCAAUGACUUCAAUUCCAGGUGAAGGGCAUACAGAGAUCCUUAUUCAGAAAGAAAGGACUGAAGAAUUUCUUAAAGAGGACAUAACACCAGAAAGAACGUUGAAAUAUCAGACUUCAGCCAAGGAGCUUUUGUUUGAAAUGCCAUUAGAGGAUAUUGCAGUGGUGGAGGGUUCUGUGGUUACAUUUACUGUUAGAAUUAAACAUGUGAUUAAUGUUAGCUGGUUUUUCAGCGGUAAAUUGAUCAAAUCUGGCAAAGAGUUCAAAUGUUCCAAAGACCAUGACACAUAUACUUUAAUAAUCAACAAAGUUAUAAAGGAAAAACACGAAGGAGAAUACACAUGCGAGGCUGUGAAUGACGCCGGCAAGGCCUCAACAUCGUCACGGCUCACAGUGGUCUCAAGAGUGCCACCAGUUUUCAAGCGAAAAAUCCAAGACCUUGAAGCCAACGUUGGCAGCUCUGCGAAGUUUGAAUGCGAGACCGAAGAUGCACCCGACGUGACCUUCAAGUGGUUCAAAUCUGACUCUGAGAUCAGACAGAGCGACAAGUACAGGAUCAUCAGCCGCUAUACCACAUCAUCUCUGGAGCUCCUGACUUCAACCAAAGCUGACGGUGGUGAAUACACCUGCCUCGCUUCCAACAGGCAUGGCAGCGACAGCUGCAGCGCUAACCUGAACAUCACUGAUCGGAAAAUUGCACCAACCUUCACUAAAAAACUCCCAGAGCACGUGAAGGACACUGUGGGCAAACUGAUGAAGCUUGAGGGUCGUGUAUCUGGAUCGCAGCCAUUGUCCGUCAGCUGGCACAAAGAUGACAGGGAAAUCUUUAGCUCGGACAACUGCGAAAUGAUCUUCAAGAACAAUGUAGCUGUGCUGUGUAUAAAGAAAGCCCAAACCUCAGACAGUGGCACUUACACUUGCAGCGCUUCUAAUGAAGCUGGUACUGCCUCCUCCCAAGUGGUGAUCAGCAUCACAGAAGAACAAACGGCGCCUACCUUUGAAACGACUCUUAAGCCUGUAACAGUGGAUGAGGGUGCAAGGCUCAGCUUUAGCUGCAAAGUCUUUGGCUCUCCACCAUUGAAAAUUCAGUGGAUGAAGGACAGAAGGGAGGUGACAUCUUCUGCCACCACCAAGAUCACAUUUAUAGAUGGUAUUGCCACACUAACUAUCGACAGGGCAUCCAAAGCCGAUGCAGGAGACUACCUGUGCAAGGCAACCAACAAUGCUGGUAGCGAUUUCUCCAAGGCCAAGGCCAUCAUCAAAGAAAAAGCAGGAAUAACUCCUGCGCCAGCUCAGGCCGCUGCCCCAGCACCUGUGGCAGCUAAGAAAUUGGACAACUUGUUCUUCAUUGAUGAACCAAAGAGUGUUCGCAUCACUGAGAAGGGCACUGCAACCUUCAUCGCCAAGGUUGGUGGUGAUCCUAUUCCUAACGUGAAAUGGAUGAAAGGCAAGUGGAGACAGAUGACUCACGGUGGUCGCAUCAGUAUUGAACAGAAGGGCCAAGAGGCCAAGCUGGAGAUCAGAGAAGCGACUAAGUCUGACUCUGGCCAGUAUAGAUGUGUAGCAUCUAACAAACAUGGAGAAAUUGAGUGCAGCACUGCCUUGAAUGUUGAUGAGAAGCAAGAAGCUGCAGCUCAAAUGGUGAAACUGAAGAAGACACCAUCAAAGCAGAAAAGUCCAAAGGAAGAUAAAGACAUUGACAUAGUUGAGUUAUUAAGAAACGUAGAUCCAAAAGAGUAUGAAAAAUAUGCUCGCAUGUACGGCAUCACAGACUACCGUGGCCUUCUUCAGGCCAUUGAGCAGCUGAAAAAAGAGAGGGGUGAAGAAAGUGGAAGACCAGAACACGCGCGUGGCAGAGAAUCUGAUGAAGAUAUGGUUAAACUUGUGGCUGAUUUGCAGAGGAGAAUGGAACACACUGAACCCAUUACCCUGCUUAAUGACAUCAAAGAUCAGACAACCCAAGUUAAUAAGGAGGCUGUGUUUGAGUGUGAAAUUAAGAUCAACUACCCAGAAAUCACACUAUCUUGGUACAAAGACACACAGAAGCUUGAAACCAGUAGUAAAUAUGAGAUUAAAGCAGUGGGCGACCGCCAUUCGUUGAAGAUCAAGAACUGUCAGACGAGUGACCAGGGAAAUUACCGCGUCGUUUGUGGCCCACAUAUCUCCAGUGCCGCACUGUCGGUGUUGGAGAGUGAUGAACAUGAGCAGAAGCCUUCACCUGCUGAUCAAAUUCAAUUCACCAAACGCAUCCACAACAUUAUGGUGAAGGAACGCCAGACCGCCACUUUUGAGUGCGAGCUGUCCUUCGACAAUGCCGUGGUCACAUGGUAUAAAGACUCUUUCGAGCUUAAAGAGAGUCCAAAGUAUACCUUCAGGUGUGAGGGAAGACGUCACUUUAUGAUCAUUCGUAAUGUAACAUCUGAGGAUGAAGGCGUGUACUCGGUGAUCGCGCGAUUGGAACCUAUGGGUGAGGCUACAAGUACAGCUGAGCUUUACCUGUCAGGCAAAGAAAUUGAUCUGGGAACAAUGUCUUAUGAUGUCCCUGAUACAACAAUACAAGUACCUGAGAUGUCAUCUAUUAUUAGUUUCAAAGAAGAAUCAUCUGAAUAUUAUUACGAAGAAAAACGUGAAGUAUCAGUAGAGUAUGAGAGGCGGACAGUCCAAGAAGAAAAAGUAAUUCAUGAAUUUUCAUCAACUCAAGAACCAAAGAAGCCAGUGGAAGAAUUUGUCACCAAAAUUGUGGCGGAAAAAACGGAAGAAAAGCCGCAACAAGUGCCUGAGGUUUCCAAGAAACCUGAAGAGAAACCCGACGCAUUUGCACCAGCUCUCUCUAAAGAACCCGAAGUCAGGAAGCCUGUAGAGGAAACAGUCCCAUCAGUAAAGGUGGCUGAGAGAAAAGGACAGCCUGCACCUAAAGAUGUCUCAAAACCUGCAGUUCCUGUGGUGCCUGAGCCUAAACCUCAGGUGCCACCUGAGCCUAAAGAGGUACCAGUGGCUGCACCUAAGCCAGAGCCAAAAGCUGAGCCUAAACCAGAACCAAAACCUCAGCCAAAAGUUACACCAAAACCAGAGCCAGAGCUGAAGCCUGAACCAGAGCCAAAGCUGAAGCCUAAGCCAGAGCCAGAGCUGAAGCCUGAACCAGAGCCAAAGCUGAAGCCUAAGCCAGAGCCAGAGCUGAAGCCUGAACCAGAGCCAAAGCUGAAGCCUGAGCCAGAGCUGAAGCCUGAACCAGAGCCAAAGCUGAAGCCUAAGCCAGAGCCAGAGCUGAAGCCUGAACCAGAGCCAAAGCUGAAGCCUGAGCCAGAGCCAGAGCUGAAGCCUGAACCAGAGCCAAAGCUGAAGCCUGAGCCAGAGCUGAAGCCUGAACCUAAGCCUGCAGUUACAAAGAAGCCUGAAUCUCCCCCAGUCAAAGUAUCAGAUGUUCCUAAGAAGCCAGAAGUGGCACCACAACCAACCUUACCUGCUAAAAAGGAAGAGGUUUUAACCCCAAAGCCAACUAUGGCUCCAUCAAAAGAGCCAACUGUUGAGAUGAAGCCAACACCUGAAGCGCCAAAGCUGACAGUGGGGCAAACUGAACCAAAGGUCUCUCCUCCUCGAGAGCCGACAGCAGAGAAGAAGCCAACACCCGAGGCACCAAAGCCAUCAGUGUCACCACUUGACCAGAAAGUGUCUCCUCCUCGAGAGCCAACUGUAGAGAAACGCCCAACACCUGAGGCGCCAAAGCCAACAGUUACCCCUCUUGAACAAAAAGUGUCUAUUCCCCAAGCGACAACCGAGGAGAAGAAGCCAACACCUGAGGCACCAAAGCCGACAGCGGCACCACUUGAACCAAAAGUCUCUCCUCCUCGAGAGCCGACUGUGGAGAAGAAGCCAACACCUGAAGCACCAAAGCCAACAGUGGCACCAGUUGAACCAAAGGUGUCUCCUCCUCAAGAGCCAACUGUGGAGAAGAAGCCAACACCUGAGGCACCAAAGCAAGCAGCAAUACCACUUGAACAAAAAGCCUCUCCCCCUCAAGACAAAGGCCCUGUUACAGCCCCUGGACCUGUCCAGAAAGAUGGAAAACCAAAGGAUGAGCCAGCUGGAGGCAGAGGCAGAGGGCUUAAACCAAGAAAAACUCCUUCUCCUGGUGAUGCUGGACGUGGAAGAGGACUCAGACCUGGAGGUGGUGGUGACAAACCUCCAGGAGAGUCACCAUUUGCUUUCCAGCUCAAAGCUGUUCCUCUGAAGUUUGUGAAGGCGCUUCAAGACAUUGUGUUGCAAGAAGCUGAAUCAAUCGGUUCCUCUGCUGUAUUUGAGUGCCAGAUUACUCCUUCUACUGCUGUUACCUCAUGGAUGAAAGAUGGAAGCAACCUGAGGGAAAGUCCAAAGCACAAGUUUACCUCUGAUGGUAAAGACCGCAAACUGGCCAUCAUUGAUGUCCAGCUGUCCGACACAGGGGAGUACACAUGUAUUGCCAAGGUUGGGAAUAGAGAGACGACUUCUACUGCCAAACUUGUUGUAGAAGAGCUGCCUGUUAAAUUCACUAAGAAUCUGGAGGAGGAGGUUACUGUCCUCAAAGGGCAGCCCAUGUACUUGACCUGUGAGUUGAGCAAAGAACGAAAUGUGGUGUGGAAGAAAGAUGACAAGGAGCUGGAGCCAGUGCAGGGCAAGGUUCAGAUCAAUAUCAUUGGUCUGCAGCACGCUGUGACUAUCCAGGAUGUAAAUGACAAUGAUGCUGGUGUUUAUACAUGCGAGUGUGAAAAUCUCAAAACUCAAACGACUGUGAAAGUUAUUGAAAUCAUAAGAGACUGGUUGGUGAAACCUCUGAGGGAUCAGCACGUGAAACCGAAAGCCACUGCUACCUUCAAGUGUGAGCUCAUCAAGGACACUCCCAACUGGAAAUGGGUAAAAGGAAACGAAGAAAUUCCUACUGAACCGACAGAUAAGAUUGAAGUCAAGAAGGAAGGAAAGGAGCUCACUCUGACCAUUAAAAAUGCCCAGCCGAGUGAUAUUGGAGAGUAUGCCGUGGAAGUUGAGGGCAAGCGUUAUGCUGCAAAACUAACACUUGGAGAGCGUGAAGCUGAGGUCCUGAAACCACUUGCGAGUGUGGAGGUGAAGGAGAAGGAGGAGGCUAACUUUGACACUGAAAUCUCUGAGGAUGAUGUGCCUGGUGAAUGGAAGCUUAAAGGGCAGGUUCUAACAAGAUCACCAACAUGUGACAUCAAAGCUGAGGGCACAAAGCGAUACCUUACUUUGAAAAAUGUCCAGCUUGAUCAAGCUGGUGAAGUUACAUACCAAGCUCUGAAUGCUGUGACGAGCGCUAUGCUCACAGUCAAAGAGAUAGAAAUGGACUUCACAGUCCCACUAAAGGAUGUUUCGGUGCCUGAAAAGAAACAGGCGAAAUUUGAGUGUUCCAUCACUAAGGAUGUGCCUAAAGUGAUGUGGUUUAAAGGUUCUGACAUUAUAACCUCUGGAAAUAAAUAUGAAAUCAUUGAUGAUGGAAGGAAACACAUUUUGAUAAUAAAUAACUGUGAAUUUGAUGAUGAGGGAGAAUUCACUAUUGAGGUCUUGGGCAAAACGUCAACAGCAAAACUAAUAGUAGAGGGUAUGAGGCUGAAGUUCAUCUCAGAAUUAAAGGACCUUGUUGUGAAGGAAGGUAAAAUUGCCCGGUUUGAGCUUGAGCUCUCUCAUGAAAAUGUGCCGGUGGUAUGGUACAAAAAUGAAAUCAAACUGCAUCCAAGCAGAACAGUGAUAACCCAUUUUGAAGGAGUAAGACAUGUAUUAGAAAUGAAGGAAGUCACACUAGAUGAUACUUGCGAAGUAAAGGCAGUGGCAAAAGGAAUCACAACCAAGGCUAAGCUGCUGGUCAUAGAGGGCGAUGCACGCUUCACUGUCAAGUUGCAAGACUACACUGCAGUCGAAAAAGAUGAGGUCAGUCUUGACUGCGAGCUGAGCAAGGAUGUUCCUGUGAAGUGGUUCCACAAUGAGAUUGAAAUUAAAGCCUCCAAGAUUAUUUCCAUGAGAUCAGAGGGUAAACGAAGAAUCCUCCACCUUAAGAAAGUGGAGCAGAAAGAUAAGGGCGCGUAUGUGUGCGACUGUGGAACGGACAAGACAUCAGCCAACAUUAACAUUGAAGCACGCGACAUCAAGGUGGUGAGACCGCUGUACGGUGUUGAACUGUUUGAUGGUGAGACUGCUCGAUUUGAAGUGGAAAUCUCAGAAGAUGAUGUCCAUGGCCAGUGGAAGCUGAAGGGCGAAGUCCUCACUCCUUCGCCUGACGUUGAGAUCAUUGAGGAUGGUGCCAAACACAUUUUGACACUGUAUAACUGCAGAGUUGCUCAGACUGGAGAGGUGGUCUUCCAGGGAGCAAAUGCUAAGUGUGCUGCAAACCUGAAAGUUAAAGAACUGCCGAUUACUUUCCUUACACCUUUGAGUGAUGCGCAAGUGUACGAGAAAGAUGACGCACGAUUUGAAUGCGAACUGUCAAGGGAAGCCAAGACCUUCCGCUGGCUGAAGGGAUCUCAGGUGCUAAAGGCCGAUGACAAAUUUGAAAUCGUCUCAGAGGGAAAACGACAUACUCUGAUUGUCAAAUCUGCAGCCUAUGACGAUGAGGCGAAGUACAUGUUUGAGGCUGAGGACAAGAGAACUGCUGGCAAACUUGUCAUUCAAGGUAUUCGUCUUGAGUUUGUCAGACCCAUCAAGGAUGUAACUGUGAAGGAGCGUGAGACAGCCGAGUUCAGCAUUGAGCUUUCUCAUGAGAAAAUCCAAGUAACCUGGUACAAAAAUGAUGUCCGCCUGCACCCGAGCAAAGUGGUGCACAUGUCAGAAAAGGGCAAGAUCCACACUCUGUCCUUCAAGGAGAUCUCCAUUGAUGACACUUCUCUCAUUAAAGUAGAGGCUCUUGGGAAGACCUCUGAGGCCAUGCUCACUGUGCUCGAGGGAGAAGCCUACUUCACCACCAAGCUGCAGGACUACACAGCUGUUGAGAAGGAUGAAGUGGUGCUGAUGUGUGAACUGAGCAAAUCUGCUGCUCAGGUGAAAUGGUUCAAAGAUGGCAAGGAAAUUACCCCAACCAAGAAUGUCCUCAUCAAGGCAGAUAGAAAGAAGCGCAUUCUUACGGUGAAGAAGGCGGAGAAGGCCAACAUUGGUGAAUACGUCUGUGACUGUGGCUCUGACAAAACUGCCGCUAAGCUGAACAUCGAAGAGCGUGACAUUAAGAUUGUUCGUCCACUGUACAGCGUGGAGGUCACGGAGACUGAGACUGCUCGCUUUGAGACAGAGAUCUCUGAGGAGGAUGUGCAUGGUAACUGGAAACUGAAAGGAGAGGCUCUGCACCAGUCUGCUGACUGUGAGAUUAAGGAAGAGGGCACCAAACACAUACUGAUCCUCUACAAUGUGCGCAUGGACAUGGCUGGGGCUGUGGACUUCAGUGCCGCCAAUGCUAAAUCUAGCGCUCAGCUCAGAGUUAAAGCACGCACAAUUGGCCUGUUGAGACCUCUUCGGGAUGUUACUGUCACUGCUGGAGACACCGCAACCUUUGACUGCGAGCUUUCAUACGAGGGUAUCGUUGUUGAAUGGUUCGUUGGAACUACAAAGAUGGAGCCAAGUGACAGAGUGGUGACCAGAGCAGAGGGCAGACUGCACAGCUUGACUCUGAGAGAGGUCAAGAUGACAGAAGCUGGGAAUGUAAAACUUACUGCAAAGGACUUCCAGACUCAGGCUAAACUUAUUGUCAGUGAGCCACCAGUUGAAUUUAGCAAGCCCUUGGAGGACCAGACGGUCGAGGAGGAAGCCACAGCUGUUCUGGAGUGUGAACUUUCCAGAGAAAAAGCUGACGUCAAAUGGUUCAGAGAUGGACAGGAAAUCCGUAAAACAAAGAAGUAUGAAAUGGUGGCUGAGGGCUGCAAGAGGAGACUGAUCAUCAAAGACUGUACUCUUGAUGAUUCCAAAACAUACACUUGCGAUGCCAAACACUUUAAGACCUCUGCUUUCCUGAAUGUUGAGCCUCCACAUGUUGAGUUUAGCAAGCCUCUUCAUGAUGUUGAGGUCAAGGAGAAAGAGUCUGCCAAGUUUGAAUGUGAAGUUUCCCGUGAAAGUGCCAAGGUCAGAUGGUACAAGGAUGGCAUUGAGAUUAGAAAGGGGAAAAAAUAUGAGAUUAUUGCCAAAGGAGUGCAGCGUAUUCUCAUCAUCAGCAAAGCAGUGUUUGAUGAUGAAGCUGAAUAUGAAUGUGAUGCAAGGACCUCCAAAUCCUCUGGAAUGCUUACUGUUGUUGAGGAGGAGGCUAGAUUCACGAAGAACCUGUCCAAUGUUGAGGGCACUGAAACUGACAGCAUUAAGUUGAUCUGUGAGGUCUCCAAACCCAGUGCAGACGUCACAUGGUAUAAGGGAGAUGAGGAACUGGCUGAGGGUGGAAGAUAUGAACAAGUUGCAGAUGGCAGGAAAAGAAUCCUCAUCAUCCAGGAUCUUCGUAUGAAUGAUGCUGGAGAAUACAACUGCAGAUUGGCCAGUUCAAAGACAUCAGCAACACUAAAGAUCAAUGAAUUGGCAGCUGAGUUUAUCGCCAGGCCCCAGAGCCAGGAGGCAGUUGAGGGAGAAAAGGCUGAAUUUGUAUGCUCAGUGUCCAAAGACUCUUAUGAAGUUAAAUGGUUCCGUGGAAGUGAGGAGCUACAAACUGGGGACAAGUACAUGAUUGUUAGCGAAGGCAAGAGGAGAGCCCUCAUUGUCAAAAGCUGUGAGCUGAAGGACGAGGGUGCCUUCACUGCCUGUAUCGGCUCUGUUAAGGCCUCUGCAGACUUAACAGUGAUUGAAAAAUUGAGGAUAAUCACUCCCAUCAAGGACACACAAAUGAAGGAAGGGCAAGAAAUUGUUCUGAACUGUGAGGUUAAUUCAGAGGGGGCUAAGGCCAAGUGGCUGAAGAACGAUGAAACCAUUUUUGAGACUAGUAAGUUUGUCAUGGUCCAGAGAGACACCGUUUUCUCUCUGAGGAUCAAAGCUGCUGAGAAAUCAGAUGAGGGCACUUACACCAUCAUGCUAACCAACCAGCGUGGUGAACAGGCCAAAUCCUCCGCAAACGUCGGCGUACUAGAGGAAGAGCUAAAGAUCACAGAGCCUCUGGAAGACUGUGAAACAGAGGAGAAGAAGACAAUUAGCUUCAAAUGCAAAGUGAACAGACCAAAUGUGACAGUUCAGUGGUUGAAGGCAGGUCAGGAGAUCACCUUCAGCAAACGUGUUGUAUACCGUGUGGACAAGAACAAACACACUUUGAUCAUCAAAGACUGCACCAUGGAUGAUGAGGGUGAAUACACGGCUGUUGCUGGUGUUAGCAAGUCUUCAGCUGAGCUAAUAAUCAGUGAGGCACCCACUGACUUCGCUGCCCAACUCAGAGACCAGACUGUCACUGAAUUUGAGGAUGCAGAAUUCACAUGCAAGGUGUCUAAGGAGAGGGCCACUGUUAAAUGGUACAAAAAUGGCCGUGAAAUCAGAGAAGGACCCAGAUAUCACAUGGAAAAAGAUGGAAAGACAUGCACACUGUAUAUCAAGGAGUGCCGACCUGAUGAUGAGUGUGAAUAUGCCUGUGGUGUGGAUGACAGAAGAUCCAGGGCUCGUCUCUUCGUUGAAGAGACCCCUGUGGAGAUUGUCAGACCCCCCUCAGAUGUAUUUGAGCCCCCAGGCUCAGAUAUUGUGUUUGAGGUUGAAUUGAACAAAGACAGAGUUGAGGUUAAAUGGAUGAGGAAUAACAUGAUCAUUAUCCAGGGUGACAAAUACCAGAUGCUCAGUGAGGGCAAGAUUCACCGUCUCCAAGUUUGUGAGGUCAGGCCUCGUGAUCAGGGCGAGUACAGAGUCGUUGCCAAGGAUAAGGAUGCACGAGCCAAGCUUGAACUUGCAGCUGUGCCAAAGAUCAAGACCACAGACCAGAAUCUAGUAACAGAUGCUGGAAAGCCUUUUGUGAUGACUGUUCCUUAUGAUGCUUACCCUCGUGCAGAGGCUGAAUGGUUCUUCAAUGACAUCAGUCUUCCAGUACAAAACACUGACACAUCCACUGACAGGACAGAGUACAGACUGAAAGACCCUAAAAAGUCUGACCAAGGCCGUUACAAAAUCAUCAUCAAGAAUAAGCAUGGUCAGGGAGAGGCUUUCAUCAAUCUGGAUGUUAUUGAUGUUCCUGGGCCUGUGAAGAACCUGAGAGUUGUUGACACUGCUGACGGUGAGGUCAGCCUGGCCUGGGAUGAGCCUGAGAGUGAUGGAGGCAGCAAGAUCCUGGCCUAUGUCGUAGAAAGACGUGAUGUCAAGCGUAAAUCCUGGACAUUGGCUACUGACCGGGCUGAUAUUCCAGAGUACUGUGUUGGUGGAUUGCAGAAGGACAACAUGUACUUCUUCCGUGUGUGUGCUCGUAACAGAGUCGGCAAUGGAGAGCCUGUCUCUACUGAUGAAGCUGUCCAGGCCAAGAAUAAAUUUGAUGUUCCUGAUGCACCUCAGAAUGUCAUGGUUGGAAAUGUCAACAGGUUUGGUGCCACUUUGACCUGGGAACCACCGCUAUUUGAUGGUGGAUCUGAGAUUACAUCCUAUGUAAUUGAGCUCCGUGACAGGACAUCUGUGAAGUGGGAAGCUGCGUUGGUGGUCCGGGCAGAACAUUGCACAGCCACGCUCAACGAUGUUGUUGAGAAUAAGGAGUACAUCUUCCGUGUUAGAGCUGAAAACAAAGCUGGAGUUGGCCGGCCAAGUGCUGCCACUGAUCCUGUGAAGAUCAUGGAUCCCAUUGAGAGGCCAAGUCCACCAUUGAACUUCAGCUUCACAAAUGCGAACAGAGACUCUGUUCAGCUGACAUGGGAGACUCCACUUAGCAAUGGAGGAAGCAUGAUCACAGGCUACAUUAUUGAGAAAUGUGAAGAUGGAAUAUAUAACUGGCUGAGGUGCAAUGCCAGAUUAUGCCCAGACCUUUAUUACAGGGUGUUUGGCUUGAAGUUUGGUCAGAAUUAUCACUACAGAGUAUCUGCAGAAAAUGCAGCUGGAGUUUCUGAUCCAUCUGAGCAGAUUGGACCACUCUUGGCUGAUGACCCACAUGUUGGUCCCACAAUGGAUCUGAGUGGAUUCAAAGAUGGUCUAGAAGUCUUUGUCCCUAAUGCUCUUAGUAUCCGUGUGCCUAUUUCUGGAUACCCUACUCCCAAAGCCAAGUGGAUGUUUGGUGAUAAGGAGCUCACUGCAGGAGAUCGUGUGUCUAUGGUGACCAAACCUACAUACACUGAAUUAGUCAUUGUUCCAAGUGUCCGUCCAGACAAAGGCACAUACACCCUGCACCUGGAGAAUGACGUGACUUCGGUCUCUGGAGAAAUUGAUGUGAAUGUUAUUGCAUCUCCAAGUGCACCCAAAGACUUCAAGGUUGCAGAGGUGACUAGACAUCAUGUUCACCUAAUGUGGGAGGCACCAGAGCACGAUGGAGGCAGUCCUGUAAUUGGUUAUAAUAUUGAGAAGAGAGAGGUGUCUCGCAAGACCUGGGUCAAGGUGAUGUCAGGCGUGCAGGACCUUGAGUACACAGUCACAGAUGUAAUUGAGGGCAAGGAGUACUUGUUUAGUGUAACAGCUUCUAACAAAUGCGGUCCAGGAGAACCUGCAUAUAUCGAUGAGCCAGUGAACGUGUCUUCUCCUGCCACUGUGCCAGACCCACCUGAAAACCUAAAAUGGAGAGACAAAUCUGCAAAGGGCAUCUUUUUGCUCUGGGAACCCCCCAAAUAUGAUGGCGGGGCACCUAUUAAGGGAUAUGUUGUUGAUAAGUGCCAGCGUGGCACUGACAAAUGGGAAGCCUGUGGAGAGCCAAUGCCUGAGCUGAAGUUCCAGGUGACAGGCCUCCUUGAGGGACAGUGGUAUGCCUAUCGCGUAAGGGCAGUAAACAGACUUGGAGCUAGCAGACCAUGUAAAGCCACAGACGAGAUUCUUGCUGUUGAUCCUAAAGAGGCACCAGUGAUUCAGCUGGAUGCUAAACUGUUGGCUGGCUUGACUGCCAAGGCUGGCACUAAGAUUGACCUUCCAGCAGAUGUGUUUGGAAAGCCAGAUCCCAGAGUCAAAUGGACCAAAGCUGACCAUGUCCUUAAACCAGAUGAGAGAAUCACUAUUGAAACAAAGCCUGGACACUCUACAGUUUCUGUUUCUAAGACGACCAGGUCUGACACAGCCACCUACAUCAUCGAGGCAGUUAAUACCUGUGGUCGUGCCACUGCAACAGUUGAUGUCAACAUUCUUGACAAGCCUGGUCCCCCAGCUGCAUUUGAUAUUACUGACAUCACAAAUGAGUCUUGCUGCUUGGCUUGGAAUGCCCCCAGAGAUGAUGGUGGUUCUCCUGUGAGCAACUACAUUGUGGAAAUGAGACCCUUGGAAAAAGAGGAGUGGCAGAAACUGUCUACAACAGUCAAACAAACCACAUUUAAAGCCUGCAAACUGGUUGCUAUGAAAGAGUACGUUUUUAGGGUAUCUGCUGAGAACCAGUAUGGCAUUGGUGCACCUGCAGAGCAUGUUCCAAUUGUUGCCAAGUAUUCCUUUGACCCCCCUGGUUCUCCAACUAGGGUACAGCCCUCUGAUAUCUCAAGGGAUGCAGUCACUCUGACCUGGUAUGAGCCUGAUGAAGAUGGCGGAAGUCCCAUCACUGGCUACUGGGUUGAGAGGUUUGAUCCAGAAAGUGACAAAUGGAUCAAAUGCAACAAGCUGCCAGUCAGGGACACUACACUCAGAGUGAAGGGAUUGCCAACCAAGAAGAAGUGCAGAUUCCGUGUUCUGGCUGAGAACCUUGCAGGACCUGGAAAGCCAAGUGCUGAGACUGAUCCUGUCCUGAUUAAGGACCCAAUUGAUCCUCCAUGGGCUCCUGGCAAACCAUUCAUUAAAGACAUUGCAAAGACAUCUGCAUUCCUGCAGUGGACUAGACCAGAGCAUGAUGGUGGUGCUAAAAUUGAGUCCUACAUUAUUGAGCUCCUCAAGAGUGGAACUGAGGAAUGGGUCCGUGUGGCCGAGGAUGUCCUCACGACAGAGCACUUGCUCAAGGGACUGAUGGAGAAGCAGGAGUACUCCUUCCGUGUCAAAGCUGUGAAUGUCGCUGGGGAAAGUGAACCCAGUGAUCCAAGUGAUCCUGUUGUGUGCAAGGAAAGACUUUAUCCUCCAUCUCCACCACGCUGGCUUGAGGUAGUCAACAUUUCAAAGAUCGACUGUGACCUGAAAUGGACUGAACCAGAAAGUGAUGGUGGCUCUCCAAUUACCAACUAUGUAGUUGAAAAGAGAGAUGUCAGACGCUGGAGCUGGCAGACAGUGGACACCACAGUAAAAGAUACAAAGUACACCGUCACUCCACUUAAUGAGGGAACUCUCUAUGUUUUCCGCGUAGCAGCUCAAAAUGCGGCAGGUAUAAGCGAAUUCUAUGAGCUGGAGGACUCUGUUCUGGCAAAGGACACUUUCACUACUCCUGGGCCUCCUUAUGCUUUGACUGUAGUUGAAGUGUCCAAGAGACAUGUUGACCUGAAAUGGGAGCCUCCCAAUAGCGAUGGUGGAAGACCAAUCACAAAAUAUGUUAUUGAAAAGAAGGAGAAAGUGGGCACCCGCUGGUUAAAGUCUGGAAAGACAGCUGGCCCUGAAUGCAAAUACAGGGUGACUGAUGUUGAUGAAGGUUCUGAGGUGCAGUUUCAGGUCCGUGCUGAAAACGAGGCUGGAGUUGGCAACCCAAGUGAACCCACAGAAAUCAUUACCAUUGAGGACCCUAUUAGUUCACCUUCUCCUCCACUUGAGGUUAAGAUUGUUGAUGCCACCAGAGAGCAUAUCAACAUCACAUGGAAAGCACCAGAGAAGAAUGGCGGAAGUCCUGUUACUGGCUAUCACGUUGAGCUGGCUGAGGCUGGCACAGAGAAGUGGAUGAGAAUAAAUGCACGUCCCAUCAAAGAGCUCAAGUUCAAGGCAGAAGAUGGCAUAAUUCCUGAGAAACAGUAUGUUCUCAGAGUCCGUGCCAUCAAUGCUGUUGGAGUCAGUGAUCCCUCUGAAGUCUCUGACCCAGUCUUUGCUAAAGACCCUGACUGUGUACCAACCAUCAGUUUGCAGACUCAAGAUGUUGUCAUUGUUGAGGGUGAGAAAAUGCAUCUGAAGGUCCCAUACAGAGCAAUUCCCAAACCAUCAAUGAUCUGGAAGAAGGAUGAAACCGAACUGAAAACUGGUGACAGGCUCACCUUGACAUGCGAACUCAACAAUGUUCACCUUGAGCUCCUCAAAUGCAAGCAUGAAGAUGCUGGUGUCUACACUGUCACUUUGGAGAACAGUCUGGGUUCCGCCACUGGAACAGUUAAUGUUAAAGUGAUUGGUCUUCCGGGACAAUGUAAGAGCAUUUCUCCAAGUGAAGUCACCAAGAGCUCCUGCACGAUUUCAUGGGAACCACCAGAGAGUGAUGGUGGUAGCCCAAUCCUGCAUUAUAUACUGGAGCGCAGAGAGGCUCAGAAGAAGACAUUUUUGCCUGUGAUGUCUGGAAUCAAUGUUUUGAGCUUUGUGGUCAAGGACCUAAUGCUGAAUGGUGAAUACUACUUCAGAGUAAAGGCUGUUAACAGAAUUGGUUGUGGUGAAUAUCUUGAGCUUCGCAACCCUGUAAUCUCAGAGGAGCAGAAGCAGCGACCUGACCCACCAAUUGACGUGGAGGGACACAACCCUACCUCUCAGUCCGUUACUGUCACGUGGAAGGCACCACCCUAUGAUGGUGGUUGCCCAAUUACUGGCUAUAUUCUUGAGAAAAUUGAGAAGGAUGGUGAUAGAUUUGAGAGAUGUGUCCCAAAUCUGGUGCCUGGAUUUUCCUACACCAUCACUGGCUUAACAGAAGGAAAGGAAUACCAGUUCCGUGUACGUGCAGAGAAUGUUGCUGGAGAAAGUGACCCAUCCCGCAGCACACCCCUUAUUGCAGCUGCUGAUCCUGUUGACCCGCCAAAGGUAUCACUGCAUGCACGCAUCGCGUCUGGCCUCAGUGUCAGGAAGGGUGAAGAGAUUAGAGUGGAUGCCCACAUUUCAGGAUCUCCAUACCCUACUGUGACAUGGCUUAGGAACGAUGAGAAUGUCCAAAAGAUUGUUAAGAAGAAGCCAGAGCUCUUUGUAAGAAAGAAGAAGAAAACCAAGGCUAUUCACCCUGAGCCUGAGGAGGAGUUCCAUCCUCCCCUUCCAGAUCGUCUGUCGUUUGAUCAGAGCAUAAGAAGCGAGACUGCAAUAAUGGUGCGUGAUGCUAUUAGAACUGACCAUGGAAUUUUCACCAUCAGGGUCGAGAAUGUCCAUGGCUUUGCAACUGCAUCUUGCGAUGUCAAUGUUCUUGAUAAACCAGGUCCACCAGUGAACUUUGGAUUUGAUGAGAUAAGGAACAACUCUGUCACUUGCACAUGGGAUGCACCCCUUGAUGAUGGUGGCAGUGAGAUCAUCAACUAUAUCCUAGAGAAGAAAGACAACACCACUGAUGAAAUUGGUUGGGUCACUGUUACCUCAACUCAUAAAGGAUAUAACUAUCCUGUGACCAAAUUAAUUGAAGGAAAGGAGUACAUCUUCAGAGUCAGAGCUGAAAACAAGUUUGGCUCUGGACCACCAUGCUAUUCUGAGCCACUUGUUGCUAAGAAUCAAUUCGAUCCUCCUGAUGCUCCUAACAUGCCACGAAUUGGAGAAGUCACUGCCAACAGUGUUGCUCUUUCUUGGCAUGAGCCUAAGGACAAUGGUAGCCCCAUCCUAGGUUACUGGAUUGAGAGACGUGAAGUCAACAGCAAAUACUGGACCAGAGUCAAUCGCAACCUUCUCAGCUCACUAGCAGUCAAGGUUGAGGGUCUCAUGGAAGGCCUGGUUUAUGUCUUCAGGGUCUGUGCUGAGAAUCUUGCUGGCCCUGGAGAAUUCAGUGUCCCAACUGAUCCUGUGGUUGCAAUGGAUGCCAUCAUGCCACCCGGCCCACCCGUCCCAAGAAUUGUUGAUACUACAAAUACAACAGUUGAAAUUGCCUGGAUUCCCCCAUUGUACAAUGGUGGUGGAGAUAUUCUAGGUUAUCACGUUGAACGCUGCAUUGUGGGAGAGAAGGAUUGGGUCCGCAGUACUGAGUUCAGGUGCAAGGAGUGCAAGUACACUUUGACCGGACUUACUGAGGGAGCGGAUUAUUACAUUCGUGUAUAUGCUGUAAAUGAAGGUGGCCAUGGAGUCCCAGGAAUGACUGAACCUGUUCAAGUAAAGGAACCUGAAUUGGCCCCAGGAAUUGAGUUUGAUAUCUCUGUGAAGAAUGGAGUACUUAUAAAAGCAGGAGAGACUCUGCGUAUACCAGCUUAUGUUGUUGGCAGACCCAUACCAGAGGUGAAAUGGACAAAAGAUGAUGCUGAACCUGACAAGGAGCGGGUUGUUAUUGAAACUGUUGGAAAAUGCAGCACUCUAAGCAUCAAGAAUGCCUUGAGAACUGACCAUGGCAAAUAUGAGAUCACAGGAACCAACCCCAGUGGAACAAAAUCUGCUUUUAUCAAGGUUGAUGUAAUGGAUGUUCCUGGACCUGUGGUAGACCUUAAAACAGUCCAUGUCAGCAAGAAGAUGAUCUCACUGACCUGGUCUGAUCCUCUUGAUAAUGGUGGAAGUGAUAUUAUGGGAUAUGUCGUUGAAAGAAAGGAUGCCAAGAUGCACAUAUACAGGCAACCUUUGGAAAUUGCUUCUUGUAAAUGUGACAUAGUUGGUCUUCUUGAUGGUGAAGAAUAUAUGUUCCGUGUAGUUGCAAGGAACAAAUUUGGUCUUGGUGCCCCUGUUGAACUUGGACCUGUUCUUGCUGUGGAUCCUAAAGGUGUUCCAUCAGCCCCAGAGAAGCUUCACCACACUGCAAGGACCAAGAACACUGUAACACUUGCUUGGCUACCUCCUCGCAGUGAUGGAGGUAGUCCAAUCAGAGGCUAUUAUGUUGAAAAGAAGAGAGAAGACAGUGAUGAAUUUGAUGUUGCCAAUCGUCAAAUCUGCAAAGAGCCCACAAUUACACUGGAAAAUCUGAAUGAGAACAUGACAUAUGACUUCAGAGUAAAGGCUGUCAAUGAAGUUGGUGAUGGUGAACUGUCCAGGCCAAUCACUGUCCAUAUUCAAGAUGAUGAAUUGACCCCAACUGUGACGCUGUUGAAGUACUUUAAGAGUAAUGCCAUAAUUGUCAAGAAAGGAGCCGCUAUUGAAAUCCCUGCUGAAAUUGUUGGUCUCCCAUUGCCCACCUAUGAGUGGACAAAGAAUGGAGUUGUUCUUGACAUAUCCACAGAGACCAUGACCCUUGAAUCAGAGGAGAUCAACAGACAAACAAUUAACACCAAGAUUGCUAUCCCUGAAACUGUGAGACAAGACACAGGCUUGUACAAGCUAGCUGCCACAAAUAAACAUGGAACAGGUCAACAAAUAAUCAAAGUUGAGAUUUUGGAUCGUCCAUCACCACCACGGAACAUUGUGGUCUCUGACAUCAAAGCAGAGUCUUGCUACCUCACAUGGGAUGCUCCUGAGGACAAUGGAGGAAGUGACCUCACUAACUAUAUUAUUGAGAAGAGGGAUGCCAGCAAAAAGAAGUCUGACUGGGAGCAGCUGACAUGCUGCAUCAUAGACAGGCGUUAUGGGGUGUACAAGCUUGAGGCCUUUGGCACUUACCAGUUCCAGAUCAAAGCUCAGAACAAGUUUGGAGUCAGUGAUGGGUGUGAAUCAGAGAAAGCUGUUCUCAAGGAUCCAUAUGGCCUUCCUGGCCCACCUCAAAAACCAAGAAUCAUUGGACACACUCGCUCGUCUAUGCUAGUAGCAUGGGACCCUCCAAAGGACAAUGGCGGAGCAACUAUUCAGGGCUACUGGCUUGAGAAGAGAGAGAGGGGGGCUGUGUACUGGAGUCGUGUUAACAGGGCUCCUGUAACAAAACCAGCUGUUAAGGGCUUGGAGUACAAUGUGCUGCGGCUCAUUGAAGGUACUGAGUACCAGUUCCGUGUGAUGGCACAAAAUGCUGCUGGCAUUGGACCACCAAGUGAAGCAACAGAAUGUGUUUUUGCCCUCGAUCGAAGAAAUCCACCAAGCCAGCCACCUGCACCUGAGGUAAAAGACAAGACAUCUAGCAGUGUGACUCUUGGCUGGGUCCCACCAGAGAAGGAUGGUGGAACCCCAAUCAAAGGUUACAUUGUUGAGGUCCAAGAUGAAGGCUCGGUAGAGUGGAAAAGAGUGAAUCAGCCUGAUAAGCUGAUUUUAACACCUUCAUAUACCGUGUCAGGGCUCAAAGAAAAUAAGAAAUGUAGAUUCAGGAUCGUUGCUGUCAAUGCUGCUGGCGAGUCAGAACCAAGUCCCAGAACUUCUGAUACCGUUAUAAAGGAUAUCCUGGAGGAACCCAUUAUUACACUUGGAGUCAAGGCUCAGGAACUUCUCUCUUGUCGUGCUGGAACAACAAUCAGAGUCCCAGUCACUGUAUCAGGCCGGCCUAUUCCAAAGGUCACAUGGGAAUUUGAUGGAACUGCCACAACAGAAAAGAAAAAUGAGCUUCACACUCUUCCAGUGGAUUCAGAGAUUGCAUCAACUGACACCACUUCAGAAGUAACUAUCCCUGAGUGUAAGUUCAAACACUCUGGAAGGUACAUCAUUACCGCUUCUAACCAAGCUGCCACAAAAACACUUAAAGUCCGUGUCACUGUCCUGGAUUUCCCUGGGCCGCCUAAAGAUCUCAAAAUUACUGACAUCACAAGAAGUACAUGCAGACUUACAUGGAAGCCCCCAGAUAAUGAUGGUGGUGAACGGAUAAAGAGCUACUACAUUGAGAAGAAGACAGUUGAAGGAAAAGCCUGGACAAAGGUCAACCCAGCCUGUGCCAGUCAGUCUUUUGUUGUUCCAGACCUUAUUGAAGGACAAGACUAUUUGUUCCGUAUUCGAGCUGAGAAUAGCUUUGGUCUGGGACCUGCACUACAAACCUUCCAGAGGACUAGGGCAAAGGAACCCAUCCAUCCUCCUGAUGCUCCCACGAGAGUCAAAAUCGUUGAUGUGUCCAAGGGAACAGUGACUCUGACAUGGAAGCCGCCCAAAAAUGAUGGUGGGUCACCUGUAACUCAUUACAUUGUUGAACGCCUCUGGUGGGACUCAAGUGGAGAGCAAAAAGAGUCUUGGAGACAGUGCAAUAGACGUGAUAUUGACACCACCACCUUCAAAGUUGAGGACCUCCAUGAGGGUGCUGAGUAUGAAUUCCGUGUCAAGGCUGUAAAUGAAGUUGGUGCAGGCAGACCAUCCUCUACUGCUGGACCUAUCAUUGUUAAGGACCAGACAAGAGCACCUUCCAUUGUACUUGACGAGUUCAUGGAAGUUGAACGGGGCACAGAUAUUAACAUUGUUGCUAAGAUUAAGGGAUGUCCAUUCCCCACCCUUACUUGGCACAAGGCCCCACCCCACAAAAGUGAUGACAAGGUUGAAGUAGUGUAUGAUGAACAUAUUAACAAGCUUGUGUCUGAUGAUAGCUGUACACUGCUGAUCCAGCAGGGCAAACGCUCAGACACUGGUCUGUAUACACUGACUGCCAGCAACAGCCUAGGCACAGUCUCCAAGGAGAUGAGACUUAAUGUUCUAGGACUUCCUGGACCUCCAUCUGCACCAAUUAAAUUUGAGGAGAUACAUGCUGAACAGAUUACCCUUUCAUGGCUGCCUCCUAUAGAUGAUGGCGGUUCCAAAAUCACAAACUAUACCAUUGAGAGGCGUGUUGCCAAUAGGAAGUCAUGGAUUCCUGUUCCUGGUGCACCCAAAGAGCGCAUCUUCACAAUUGAGGGUCUGAUGCCAGGCCAUGAGUAUGUGUUCCGCAUCAGGGCUCAGAAUAAAUACGGAGUUGGCGAUUCACUUGACAGUGAGCCAGAGGUUGCUAGGGAUAUUUUCACUAUCCCUGGCCAGUGCGAGAAGCCAACCCUCUCAAGCAUUACAAUGGACUCCAUGACUGUGAACUGGGAGGAACCAGACACAGAUGGUGGUAGUCCAAUUACUGGGUACUGGCUUGAGCGCAAAGAGACCACAUCAAAGCGAUGGAACAGAGUAACCCGUGAUGCAAUCAGGCCAAUGCCCCUUGGCGUGUCCUACAAUGUCACAGGCCUCAUUGAAGGAUCUCAAUACCUGUUCCGUGUGACUGCAAUCAAUGCAGCAGGAUGUGGGCCUCCAAGUUUACCAUCUGACCCAACAUUUGCUAGAGAUCCUAUUGCUCCACCUUCACCACCAACCCCCAAAAUUACUGACUGGACAAAGAAUACAGUUGAUUUGGAAUGGAUUCCACCUCUAAAAGAUGGGGGAUCGAAAAUCAUGGGCUACUAUGUUGAAUACAAAGAGGAAGGCACAGACGCCUGGGUUAGGGCCAAAGAAAAAGAAGUUAGAGGAAGACGAUUUGUAAUCACUGGAUUGAAAGAGAAUGGAUUUUACAAGUUUAGAGUUUUGGCAUUCAACGCUGCUGGGCUGAGCGAGCCAGGAGAAGUUGCUGAAGUUCUUGAAAUGAAAGAAAGGAUAAGUCCCCCAGUGCUUGACCUUGACAUCUCAAUGAAAGAGAGGAUGGUUUUCCACGCCGGUGGCAUUAUCCGCAUCAUAGCCUAUGUGUCAGGCCAGCCUUGCCCGGCAAUAACAUGGAGCAGAGAUGAUGGUGCUGUCCCACCAGAGGCUGUUGUUGAGACUACAUCAAUCAGCACCUCACUAGUAAUUAAGAAUUGCACCAGAAAGCAACAAGGUGUUUAUAGCUUGAUUGCAAAAAAUGCUGGAGGAGAGGUGAAGAGAACUGUCAUUAUUGAUAUUCUUGAUGUCCCUGGUCCAGUGGGCAUACCUUUUACUGCAGAUAAUCUUACCAUUGAUUCAUGCAAACUGACUUGGUUCUUCCCUGAGGAUGAUGGUGGUUCUCCUAUAACUAACUUUAUAAUUGAAAAACGGGAAUCGGAGCGCAAGUUUUGGACACCGUGCUCUUAUAACGCAGCCAGACAAAGUGGUGUGGUUUCUAAUCUGACUUUAGGAAAAGGGUAUUUCUUCAGAGUUGCAGCUGAAAAUGCAGUUGGAAUCGGUGCAUUCCGUGAAACUGCAUGUGAAAUCAUUGUUAAGGAACGUCUCACUGUACCAGACCGUCCAGAGGAGCUUGAGGUCACUGCUGUCACUAAAGACUACAUUAGCAUUGCAUGGAAGCCACCAAAGAAUGAUGGAGGAUGUGAAGUGACCUCUUACGUCCUGGAGGCACGGCCAAUUGGCAAGGACAAGUUUAUAAGAUUGACAAAGGAAAGGCUGAUGGACAGGAAAUUCACAUACGAUGGUCUUCGAGAGGGUGACUCCUAUGAAUUCCGUGUCAGUGCCAUAAAUGAAAUUGGUCAGGGCAAGCCAUCCUUCAACACUAAACCAAUCCUAUGCAGAGAUGAGCUUGAGCCCCCAACUAUUGAACUGGACUUCCGUGACAAACUUAUUAUCCGUGUUGGUGAAAGUUUUGCAAUGCAAGGACGCUAUACAGGAAAACCAGCUCCUUCUGUCACAUGGACAAGGGAUGAUGAAGAGCUGAAAGCAGAUCAACAUGUUCAGUUCAAGAAUACUUUAACCACAAUGUGCCUUGGUAUUAUCAAGGCUCAGCGUGGGCACAGUGGCAGAUAUUGUGUUACAGUUGAGAACUGCACUGGAGCUCGCAAGGGCAUUUGCAAUGUCGUUGUUGUUGACCGCCCGACACCACCCGAAGGUCCAGUAAUCUUUGAGGAUGUUCAUAGAGAUCAUAUGGUAAUUUCUUGGAAGCCUCCUCUUGAUAACGGUGGAUGUGAAAUUUCCAACUACAUAAUUGAAAAGAGAGACAGUAACAGGGACAUGUGGACCACUGUAACAUCUGCCUCCACAAAAACCACCUGUAAAGUGCCCAAACUUGAGGAAGGUCGUGAAUACAUAAUGAGAAUAAGUGCUGAGAAUAUGUAUGGCAUCAGUGACCCACUGGAGUCUGAAGAGAUGAGGGCUAAGGAUCGCUUCCGAGUACCUGAGGCACCUGAGCAGCCUACAGUUAGAGAAGUUUAUCAUGACUCCGCCCUGGUGCUUUGGAACCGUCCUCGUGAUGGUGGCAAGCCCAUUACGGAAUACAUCUUGGAAAAGAAGGAGCCUUCAGCUAAGAGAUGGUCUCGUGUGACUAGAGAUCAUAUCUACCCUGCUACCCAGUACAGGGUACAAGAUCUCAUUGAAGGGUGUGAAUAUGAAUUCCGUGUCACAGCAGAGAAUGAAAUUGGUACUGGGGACCCCAGCCCUCCAUCUAAACCUGUUCUAGCUAAGGAUCCUAUUGUUCUUCCUAGUCCACCUGUGCUUCCUGAGGCUGUUGACAAAACAAAGGAUUCUGUUAGUUUGUCAUGGCGUGUUCCUCGCCAUGAUGGCAAAGGCAAAAUCUUUGGAUACCUUAUUGAGUAUCAGAAGCCUGGUGCAAUUGAAUGGAUCCAGGCCAACGAGACUCCUGAGUCAUGCCCAGACACCAACUUUGUUGUGAAAAACCUACCAGAGGGUGGAGAAUUUAGUUUCAGGAUCAUGGCUGUGAAUGCAGCUGGAAAAUCUGAACCUGCUUACGUAAAACAACCAGUUAAAGUGCAUGACAGACUUGAGGAGCCAGAGUUACUGCUGGAUGCCAAUAUGUCACGUGACCAUCUUGCAAUGAUUGGAACAGAUAUCACACUGAGUGCUGUGAUUAAGGGCAUGCCAAUCCCUACUGUGUCUUGGAAGAAGAAUGAUGGAGAGGUUCCGGCACAUUGUGUUAUUGAAGUCACAACAACAGGCAGCAAACUUCACAUUAAGAAAAGCACCCGCGCUGACUGUGGCAACUAUACCAUAACGGUUCAAAAUGCAGCUGGAUCAAAGACAGCGACAUGUACAGUACUUGUUCUGGACAAACCUGGACCUCCACGUAAUCUUAUCAUCUCUGAGAUAACAAGUGAAUCGGCAUACCUAACCUGGCAGAAGCCAGAGGAUGAUGGUGGAGCUGUCAUCUCUCACUACAUCGUGGAGAAAAAAGAUGUUGCUGCUGAGAAGUGGGUCCCAGUCUGUGCCUCAUCCAAGAAGCUUAGCCUCAUGGCUCUAUAUCUGAUGGAGGGUAUUCAGUAUUUAUUCCGUGUCGCAGCUGAGAAUCAGUUUGGCAGAAGUGCAUAUAUUCAGACCAGCAAGCCUAUUAAAGCAGUUGAUCCUCUAUAUCCUCCUGGCCCUCCUAAGAAUUUACAUCAUGUAGAUGCAGAAAAAACUGAAGUAUGGCUUGAGUGGGAGUGGCCUGAACGCACUGGUGGAAGCGAAAUAACUGGAUUUAUUGUUGAGUAUCAAGAAGAGGGAGUUCCUGAUUGGGUCAACUUCAAAACUGUCAGCAAUGCUCACUGCCAUGUCACUGGACUUGUAGAGGGAAAGACCUACAGAUUCCGCGUAAAAUCACAAAAUGCUAUUGGCAUUAGCCGACCGGACACCAGUGUACCAGUUACUUGCCAGGAGAAGACUUUGGCACCAUCUAUUGAAGUUGAUGUGAAACUCAUUGAGGGUCUUAUUGUGAAGGCUGGAAGCACCAUUGUGCUGCCUGCAGUCAUGAAAGGAAUACCAGUCCCAACAGCCAAGUGGCUGAGUGAUGGCAAUGAGCUCAAAACUGAAGGCAAACACAAGAUUUGUACUGAAGGAACUUCAACAGUUCUAAGCAUCAGUGAAUGUGCUAGGACUGAUGGUGGAGAAUAUAUCCUUACUGUUUCAAAUCCUGCAGGAAGCAAGUCAGUUGCUCUUCACGUAACAGUACUUGAUCUCCCAGGUCCUCCAAUUGGCCCUGUCAACAUCCUUGAGGUUGCACCUGAUCAUAUGAUUAUCCAGUGGCGUCCACCUAAAGAUGAUGGUGGUACACCUUUGAUGAAUUACAUUGUUGAAAAGAAGGACGUCAAGAAGCCUUGGGAGCCAUGGUCUGUUGUGACUUCAGGAAGCCUAAGCACAAAAGCUAAGAUUCCACGUUUAGAGAAGGGUCGUGAAUAUGUUGUACGCAUUCGUGCUGAGAAUAAGAUAGGCAUUGGUGCUCCCCUCGAAAGUCCUCCAACUAUUGCCAAACAUAUGUUUAAUCCCCCUGGCCCUCCAGGACCACCAACGUGUUCCGAUAUCACAGAAAAUGCUGUGACAGUGUCAUGGACUCCACCAGACACUGAUGGUGGAAGUCCAGUCAGUGGUUACAUUGUAGAACGCAGGGAGAUGACUGGUAAAUGGAUUCGUGUAAAUAAAACACCAGUCUUAGAUGUUAGAUACCGAGUCUCUGGUCUGUUUGAGGGCAACAGCUAUGAAUUCAGAAUUUUUGCUGAGAACAUUGCUGGUAUUAGCGAGCCAUCCUAUCCUUCAGACCCGAUAAGGGCCACACGCCCAGUUACUCCUCCAGGACCUCCAAGUAAUCUAAAACUGAAGGACUGGAGCAAGUCAUAUGCAGAUUUGGUGUGGACCAAGCCUAGCAGAGAUGGAGGCAGCCCUGUUUUAGGCUACGUUGUUGAGUGCCAGAAAUCAGGCUCUGCAAAGUGGGACAGAAUCAAUAAGGAUCUCAUCAAGCCAUGUGCAUUCAGAGUACCAGGCCUUAUUGAAGGUACAGAGUACAGAUUCCGCAUUAGAGCAUCUAACAAGGCUGGGGAUGGAGAGCCAAGAGAGCUAGCAGAGGCUGUGCUUGCCAAAGACAUCCUUGUUCCACCCGAGGUAACUGUUGAUGUUGCCUGCCGUGACCUUUUAACUGUUCGGGCAGGACAGAUCAUUAGCCUUGUGGCCCGAGUUAAAGGCAGACCUGAUCCUGAAAUUACCUGGACUAAAGAUGCAAGAGCUUUAGGCAGAGACAAACGCACAGAGAUGAUCAACAACUUCCCACUUGUUGAACUAGUCAUUCAGGAAGCUGUAAGAGGAGAUUAUGGAAAAUAUGCAAUUCAAGCUAAGAAUAGCAGUGGCCAGGCACAGGCUACCAUCAUCGUCAAUGUGCUUGAUAUUCCUGGAGCUUGCCAGAACUUGAAGGUUGCAUACGUAACCAAAGACUCUUGCAUGGUGUCUUGGGAAAAUCCAGAGGACAAUGGUGGCACUGAAAUUACAAAUUAUAUAAUUGAGUGCCGUCAACCUAGUCAAAGAGGAUGGACAGUUGUUACAUCUGACUGCACUAAACGUCUUGUUAAAGCUCCGCUUGUUGAGAACUGUGAAUAUUUCUUCCGUGUGAGUGCAGAGAAUAAAAUUGGUGCUGGACCACCAACAGAAACAAAAACAGCAAUUCUUGCUGUGGAUCCAGUAGAGAAACCAGGAGAGCCAGAGAAUUUCCAUAUUAGUGAAAUUGGAAAGACUUUUGUCUUCCUCAAAUGGAAGAAGCCAGACUAUGAUGGCGGUAGCCGCAAUCUUGCUUAUCAUGUUGAAAAGAAACCAAAAGAGGCAGAGGAAUGGGAAAGACUUCACAAAGGUGCUAUUAAAGAAACAUAUUUCAUGGCAGACAGAUGUAUUGAGAAUCAAAUAUAUCAGUUUAGAGUCCAAACAAAGAAUGAGGGAGGAGAGAGCAACUGGGUGACUACUGCUGAAGUUCUUGUAAAGGAAGAACUUGUAGUUCCAGAGAUAAAGGUCAAGUUGGAAGGUGUUAAGGUAGUCAAAGCUGGGCAUUCCAUCCCAAUCGAGGCAGAGGUUAAAGGUAAGCCACAACCAGAUGUGAAAUGGAGUAAAGACGGAGCCACAGAGGAUAUCGUUAGAAGCCCUCGAGUUCAACUGGAAACUGGUUCAAACUUCUCUAAAUUCCUCCUCACAAAUGCAAAACGUACAGAUACUGGAAAAUAUAUUAUCACUGCAACGAAUGCUGCUGGAACUUGCACUGGCGAAGCUAAAGUGAAUGUUCUGGACAGGCCUGGACCUGUUAGAGACCUAAAGGUCUCAGGCAUUUCAGUUGAUAGAUGCAAGUUGGCAUGGGAGAUACCCGAGGACGAUGGUGGAUGUGAGAUCUUUAACUACAUUAUUGAAAAAUGUGAGACGAAAAGAGGUGUCUGGUCAGUCCAUUCAUCGGCGGUUGUAACCAAUUCUGCUAAUGUAACUCGUCUAACUGAGGGAAAUGAGUACAUCUUUAGAGUGAGAGCAGAAAAUAAAAUGGGAGCUGGCCCUGCUGUGGAAACAGAGUCUAUUAUUGCAAGGACCCAGUUCAGCAGACCUGGUGCACCAGACGCUCCAGAGGUAACCAAAAUCGCAAAGACUGAAAUGACAGUUAUGUGGUGCUCUCCUGAUAAUGAUGGUGGAAAACCCAUCACUGGUUAUAUUCUCGAGAAGAAAGAAGAACAUGGCAUUAGGUGGACUCCAGUUAUUAAAUCACCAAUUUCAGCAAACCAUAUGACUGUAACAGGACUCUUGCCUAAUCAUGAAUACCAGUUCCGUGUCAAGGCUGAGAAUGAAAUUGGAAUUGGUGAUGCAAGCAAGCCAUCUAGAACACACACUGCAAGGGAUCCUGUUGGGCCUCCUGGUCCUGUUGGAAACUUGAAAGUGACUGACAGUUCAAAGACAUCAAUCACUCUUGGGUGGACAAAGCCUACACAUGAUGGUGGCGCUCCACUCAUUGGAUAUGUAGUUGAGCUCCGAGUCAGGGGUACAGGCAAGAAGGGAGAAGAUGGAUGGAAGAGGUGCAAUGUUGCUGCCCAAUUGACUGGAAAAGAGUUUACAGUCACAAGUCUGGAUGAAAAUCUUGAAUAUGAAUUCCGUGUUUCCGCACAAAACCAGAUUGGCCUAAGCCAACCAACUAAUCUUGAGGGAGCUGUCUCACCACGGGAUAUCUUUGAAACUCCUGAAGUUUCUUUGGAUGCUGAGUUGAAGAAAGGUCUUACUGUUAGAGCUGGAUGCCCAAUAAGAUUAGUUGCAACUGUUAGGGGACGACCACCACCAAAAGUGCAAUGGAGGAGGAUGGGAAUUGAUAAUGUUGUCAAAAAGGGCCAUGUGGAUCUCAUUGAUACAAUGACAUUCCUUGUCAUUUCUGAGACCACCCGUGAUGAUUCAGGCAAAUAUUCACUGACAGUAUCAAGCCCAGCGGGGGAAAAGGCAGUGUUUGUCAAUGUCAAAGUGCUUGACACACCUGGUCCAGUGGUUGGCCUGGAGGCCACUGAUAUCACAAUGAUGUCUUGCAACCUCGCAUGGUCCCCACCGGAAAAUGAUGGUGGCAGUGAAGUAACUCAUUACAUCAUUGAAAAACGUGAAAUUGAUCGCAAGACUUGGGCAACUGUUAAAGCCAAUGUGGACAAGACAUCACUUAAAGUCAGCAAUCUUGUACCAGGGACAGAAUAUUACUUCAGAGUCACAGCUGUAAAUCAGUAUGGUCCAGGUGUUCCGAAACCCACACCAAGAUCCAUUCUGGCAUCUGAUCCUAUCAGCAAACCUGACCCACCACAGAAGGUUGAUGUUUUGGAGAUUACUAAGAACAGUGCAAAGGUGGGAUGGGUGAAACCAAUGAGGGAUGGCGGAGCUAAGAUCGAUGGCUACAUAAUUGACUAUCUUGAGCUUCCUAAGCCCAAGCCUCCCAAGGAACCCAUAGUGGCUGAAGGUGAGGCAGAGCCUGGUGCUGAGCCUGCACCUCCUCCGGUACCUGUGAAGGAGGAGGAACAACCACAGGAAGAAAAGAGGGAAGAAUGGACACCAUAUACCGUUGUCAAAGACUUAUGCAUCUCUGUUGCUGGGCUGAAAGAGGGAAGGAAAUAUCGCUUCAGAGUGGCUGCACGAAAUGCCAUGGGAGCUAGUCUUCCUACUGAAACAAGAGAGGCAUAUGAAAUCAAAGAACAAAUGUUGGAGCCCAAAGUUAUCUUGCCUGAGACUGUCACUGCAAAGGCAGGAGCAAAGGUGAGAGUUGAGGGGCUUGUAUCUGGAAAGCCAGCGCCUGUAUGCCAGUGGAAACGAGGAGAGGACAACGUUGUGCCUUCAAGUCGCCUUGCAGUACACAAAUCCCAGAACAUGUGUGUGCUCAUCAUAAAGGAUGUUUCAAGAACAGACAGUGGUCAAUAUAGCCUUGUUGCAGAGAACUCUUCAGGCAAAGUGGAACAAGUUAUGAAAAUUGUUAUUAGAGACAUCCCUGGACCACCUGAGCCUCCAUUUGAAAUCAGUGACAUUGAUUCUGAUGCCUGCACACUUUCUUGGAAUAAGCCACUUGAAGAUGGUGGUAGUAAUAUCACUAACUAUGUGGUUGAGAAAUGUGAUGUGAGCAGAGGUGACUGGGUUACUGCUGUUUCCAGUUGUGGCAAGACUGGGUGUAGACUUGGAAAGCUUAUUCCUGGAAAAGAGUACAUCUUCCGUGUCCGUGCAGAGAACCGUUAUGGCAUUUCAGACCCGAUUACCUCUGAGAGGAUGAUAGCUAAAUUCCCCUUUGAUGUUCCUGGUGAACCUUUGAACUGUCGUAUCACAAAAACAAACAAAGACUGCAUGUUUGUGGCUUGGGAUAAGCCUGAAUCUGAUGGUGGCAGUCCUGUUACUGGAUACUACAUUGAGCGCAAGGAGAGGAACAGUCUCCUUUGGGUUAAAGCUAAUGAUUCAGUGGUUCGCACAACAGAAUAUCCUUGUGCUGGUCUAAUUGAAGGUCUGGAAUACACUUUCAGAGUGUCUGCUAUUAAUCGUGCAGGACAGGGUAAGCCAAGCAAGAAGACUGAUUUUAUCACAGCGAGAACACCAGUGGAUGUACCAGGCAAACCAGAGGUACUUGAUGUGACCAAGAAUACAGUUACAUUGGUUUGGACCCGACCAAAGAAUGAUGGUGGAAGCAAGAUAAUUGGAUACUAUGUUGAAGCUUUGAAGCUUCCUGGAGACCAGUGGGUGCGAUGCAACACAAGUAGUCAGAAUGUACCUCGGGAAGAGUACACCGUAGCUGGAUUGGAGGAGGGUAUCCAGUACCAAUUUAGGGUUAUUGCAAAAACAGCAGUUAACAUUAGCAGGCCAUCUGAAGUUUCUGAUCCUGUGCUGGUAUCUGCAGAAAAUGUACCACCUCGUAUAGAACUUUCAAUCCAAAUGAAGAAGAUGUUACCAAAGAAAGCAGGGUCAGAUGUUUGCCUUGAGGCUGAAGUUUUUGGCAAACCAAUUCCAAAGGUCACAUGGAGCAAAGAUGGAAAGGUUUUAAAGGAUGAUAAAGACAUGAUUUUGUCACAGAAGAAACACCUUUUUUCCCUGAGCCUUGCUGCAGUUACCAAACUUCACACAGGACAGUACACUAUUCUUGCUGAAAAUGCAAGUGGUUCUAAGUCCGCAGACAUACAGCUCACAGUUUUGGACAUACCUGGUCCACCUGCCACUAUCAAAUUGGAAGAGGUGUUUUCUGAUCGUGUGAAGUUGAGCUGGACAGCUCCUCUUACAGACGGUGGUUCCCCAAUUACAAAUUACAUUGUGGAUAAGCGUGAAACAAGUAGGGCAACCUGGGCCCAAGUUUCUGCUAAAAUCAGUGGUGAUGUAACUGCAUUGUCUGUGGAGAGGCUGAUCAUGGGUCAUGAGUACCAGUUCCGUGUUCGUGCUGAAAAUCGAUAUGGCGCUGGUGAUGACAUUUUGUCAGAUCCAGUUGUUGUACGAGAUCCUUUCACUGUUCCAGGAGCAUGUGAUCCGCCAGUCAUUACAAACGUUACAAAAGAGAAAAUGACUGUGAGCUGGAAGGAGCCCACUGAUGAUGGCAACUCUCCAAUCCUGGGAUACAUGCUUGAGAAGCGUGAGAUCAAGCAAAUUAACUGGACCAAACUCAACAGGAAACCUUUGCUGGAAAGAACACUUGAAGUUGGAGGUCUUUCUGAGGGGGUUCAGUAUGAGUUCAGAGUUAUUGCUGUCAACAAAGCUGGCCUUGGCAAGCCCAGCGAGCCAUCAACAUCUGCAGCUGCAGCUGAUCCCAUUCAUCCCCCUGGACCACCCGUCUCCCCCAAGGUCACUGACACAUGUAACAGCACUAUUAGUGUCUCUUGGACUAAACCUGCUAAUGAUGGCGGAAGUGAGAUUUUGGGAUACCUCGUUGAAUGCAAGAGAACAGAUGCAACAGACUGGAUCAGAUGCAAUGUUCCAAAGAACCUACAGGACACGCACUAUGUUGUCACUGGACUUUUGGAGAAAUCAGAAUACCAACUUCGCAUCAGCGCUGUGAACAAAGUUGGCUUUAGUCAGCCAUGUGAAGUCCCAGACAAACAUGUUGCAAAGGAUGUUUUUGCUCCACCUGAGGCUGAACUUGAUGCAGAGCUGAAGGAUAUAUUAGUUCUACCGGCUGGUGCUCCAAUGAAACUUCAUGCCAAAAUUAAAGGUCGACCUACUCCAAAAGUAACCUGGGCCAAAAUGAACACCAACAUCAAAGACAGACAAGGAAUUAUCAUCAAAGUCACAGACGCUGACACAAUGGUCCGUGUUGAUAGAGUGACUCGAUAUGAUGCAGGAAAAUACAUUCUCAACCUUGACAGUGUCAGCGGCAUGAAGAUGUACACAAUUGUUGUCAAAGUUCUUGAUACUCCUGGCCCACCACUAAACCUAAUGGUGAAAGAGACAACAAAGGACAGUGCAUCCAUUCUUUGGGAUGAGCCACUAAUUGACGGCGGAAGUGAAAUUAUAGGUUAUGUUGUAGAAAAACGUGAUGCAGAGAGAAAAGCAUGGUCCACUGUUUCAACCAGCUGUGACAAAACAUCUUUCAAGAUUGAUGGCCUGGAAGCUGGUAGAUCUUACUGUUUUAGAGUCAAGGCUCAAAAUAAGUAUGGUGUUGGUGAAUCUUGUGAAACAGUAGAUGCUGUCAGAGCCUCUGAACAACCUGGGCCAGUCAUGGAUUUUAAGCCAUUGCUAGUAACCAGGGAUUCAUGCACUCUUUCUUGGAAGAAACCUAUUAGUGAUGGUGGAAGUCGAAUCAUUGCAUAUGUGCUUGAAGUUCUUAAUGGUGAGGACAAGUGGAAGGAGCUUCUAAGAUCAAAGAACAUGCAAUACAGUGGCAAAGAUCUUGUUGAAGGAAGGGAAUACAAGUACAGAGUAAUGGCCACAAAUGAUGCGGGCGAUGGUCCAGUGAAGGAACUCUCCAUUGUAGCAAAGGAUCUUAUUGUUUAUCCCAGCUGUGAUUUACGAGAUUUGCCUAACUUGAACUACAUUGCAAAAGAAGGAAGCAAUGUCCGCCUCAAGAUUCCCAUCAUUGGUAAACCUGCCCCAACAGUGUCAUGGAAGAAGGGCGAUGAUGAAAAUUUGACAGAUACAGGAAGAGUUUGUGUGGAAUCUACCGCUGUUAAUACAACUCUUUUGAUUCGGGACUGCCAAAGAAGUGAUGCCUCAAAAUACACUAUCACUCUUCGUAAUAGUGCUGGAUCAAAGGAAUCCUCUAUCUUUGUCAGAGUUGUUGGCAAACCAGGAAUAUGUACAGGACCUAUCAAGUUUAAGGAAGUAACAGCUGAUGGAGCUACCUUGAAAUGGGGUGUUCCAAAAGAUGAUGGAGGAUCAGAAAUUACUAACUACAUUCUCGAGAAGCGCGAUUCCAUUACCAAUAUGUGGGUAACUGUUUCCUCAGCAGUGGAAACGAACACUUAUAGAGUGUCUGGUCUUCAUGAGGGAACAGAAUACAUCUUCAGAGUUUCUGCAGAAAACAAAUAUGGAGUUGGUGAGGGUCUCAAGUCUGAACCAAUGAUUGCUAAGCAUCCAUUCAAUGUGCCAGAUUCACCACCUGCACCACAAAUCAUGAGCAUGCGUCAUGAUUCUGCUACCUUGGCUUGGUCAGAUCCAAGGAAAACUGGAGGUUCACCAAUUACAGGUUAUCAUGUUGAAUUCAAGGAAAGAAACAGCAUGUUGUGGAAGAGGGCUAACCCAGCACCAUUAAAAAUGAAAGAAUUCAAAGUAAAGGGUUUAACUGAAGGCUUGGAGUAUGAGUUCAGAGUGAUGGCAAUAAAUUUGGCUGGUGUUGGUAAGCCUAGUCCUCCAACUGAGCCAAUGGUAGCCUUGGACGCUAUUGAUCCUCCUGGUAAACCCGAUGUGAUCAGCCUCACAAGAAGUACUGUAACGCUACAGUGGACUGAACCUCAGUAUGAUGGUGGACACAGGCUUACAGGCUACAUUGUUGAGAGACGUGACCUUCCUGCAAAGGUCUGGGUGAAAGCCAACACUGUAAAUGUCGUGGAUUGUGCAUAUACAGUGACUGACUUGCAGGAAGGUUGCAAGUUUGAAUUCAGAAUCAGAGCCAAGAAUGCAGCUGGAGCAAUAAGUGCACCAUCUGAACAAACCGACACACUUGUAUGCACGGAUGAAUAUGCGGCACCAACAAUUAUUAUUGAUUCAACUGUAAAGGAAGGCCUGACUGUUAGAGCUGGAGACACAAUUGUCAUUACAGCAACAAGUAUUUUAGGCAAACCUACCCCAACUUCAGCCUGGUCAAAGGGAGGGAAGUACUUCAAGCCAUCAGAUAUAUGCCAGAUUGAAACUACACCUACCUCCUCUACUCUGUCUAUCAAAUAUGCUACCAGGAAGGAUGCAGGGGAGUACACUAUUACAGCAAGCAAUCCAUUUGGUGUCAAAGAAGAGAAUGUGAAAGUAAAGGUUUUGGAUGUUCCUGGACCCCCUGGACCAAUUGAGGCGAGUGGAAUCUCAUCUGAAAAAGUCACUUUGACCUGGACACCACCUCAUGAAGAUGGUGGAUCUGCAAUUAAGCACUACCUUUUAGAGAAGAGGGAAACAAGCCGUCUUCUUUGGACCAUUCUUGCUGAAAAUAUUGUUGACUGCCAUUUCGUGGCGAAUAAACUAAUCCAAGGGAAUGAAUAUAUCUUCCGUGUCUCAGCUGUCAACCAUACUGGAGCUGGUGAUUUUUCACACUCAGAGCCAGUGAAGAUGGUAGAUAAUUAUGGUCCUCCAGGGCCUCCUGCAAGACCAGAGGUAGAAAAUGUUGGAGGAAAAACUGCUACUAUUACAUGGAAGAGACCAGCUGAUGAUGGCGGCAGUGAUAUCACUGGUUACAUGGUUGAGAAGAAGGAAAAGAAAGGCAUGAGGUGGUCAAGAGCAUCAAAGAAAGUAAUUCUUGACCUACAUUUUGAAGUACAAGGACUUACUGAAGGACUUGAAUAUCAGUUCAGAGUAACAGCUGAGAACAAGGCUGGCUUUGGAGAACCCAGUGAGCCAUCUCAACCUGUUACAACAAAGGUCAUGGCAGAUGUACCUGGACCCCCAGUCAACCCAAGAGUCACUGAUACAACGAAAACCACAGCAGAACUUCACUGGGGCAAACCCCUUGAUGAUGGUGGCAUGGAUGUUACUGGUUAUAUUGUUGAGCACAAAAAGGAUGGAGAAGAGGCAUGGGUGAAGGAUACAACUACACCUUUGAUGAUCACUGAAUUUGUUGUCCCUGGAUUGCAGGCUGGAGCCAAGUAUCAUUUCAGAAUUACCGCAAUGAAUGCAAUGGGAGUUGGGGAACCAGCACAAACAGUAGACCUUGUUGAAAUUAUUGAACGUGAAGAAAUUCCUGACCUGGAACUUGAUGCUGAAUUAAGAAGAACACUGGUUGUUAAGGCUGGAGGUUCUAUUCGCUUAUUUGUUCCAAUUAAAGGACGUCCAGCUCCUACAGUGACAUGGACAAAGGAGGAGACCACCCUAAAAACCCGUGCCAUUAUUGACAUUACAGAAUCAUACACCCUUUUAGUCAUUCCCGAAUGCAACAGGCGUGAUGCUGGGCGAUAUGACUUGACAUUAGAGAAUGCUGCUGGAAAAAAGACUGCCUAUGUGAAUGUUAAGGUUUUGGAUUCCCCUGGGCCCCCUCUCAAUCUUAAGCCAAAAGCCAUUGACAAAGAAAGCAUUACACUGCAGUGGGAAAUGCCUCUUAUUGAUGGUGGUGCAAAGAUUACUAAUUAUAUCAUUGAAAAAAGAGAAGCUACUCGCAAGGCAUAUGCUACUGUGGUAACAAAAUGUGAUACAUGUUCCGCUAGGAUUCCGAAUUUGUCAGAGGGCUCAGAGUACUACUUCAGAGUAUCUGCUGAAAAUGAAUUUGGAAUUGGGGAGGCAGUUGAAACCUCAGAUCCAAUUAGAGCAUCUCAAGCACCAACUCCCCCUGAAAUGGUCACAAUUACUGAUGUUACCAAGAACUCAGUCAGUCUUGCAUGGACCAAACCAAAACAUGAUGGUGGAAGCAGAAUUACUGGGUAUGUUCUUGAGGCCCAGAAAAAAGGAACAGAUCAGUGGACUCACGUGACCACUGUGAAGUCUCUUGAUUUUACUGUAAAGAAUUUAAAUGAGAAUGAGGAGUAUGUCUUCCGUGUAAUGGCUGUAAACCUAUCUGGCAGAAGCCAUCCUCGGCAAAGCAAGCAUGUUGUUAUAAGAGAACAAAGCACAGAACCAGAAUUUGACCUGCGUGGUGUCUGUCAGAAGACAGUCAUAGCAAAGGCUGGGGAUAACAUAAAGGUCGAGGUGCCUGUAACUGGACGUCCUAAACCAACAGUUUCCUGGCAGAAAGAUAAUCAAGCCCUGAAAUUAACACAACGGACAAUGGUUGAAAAUACCUCUAUGUCAACUAUCUUGAUCAUAAAUGAGUGUUUGAGAGGUGACAGUGGGGUAUACUCAAUGACAGGAAAGAACAUAGUUGGCUCUGUUACAGAUAAUAUCAUAGUCAAAGUCCAUGAUGUCCCAGGACCACCUAAGGGGCCAAUUAAAUUGGACAAAAUAUCUCGUACUUCUAUUGAGUUUUCAUGGGAUUCACCUGAAAAUGAUGGAGGUGUACCAAUCAACAACUACGUUGUUGAAAUAAGGGAAACCACCAGCCAGUCAUGGGUAGAGCUAUCUUCAAUGAUCAUCAGGACUACAUAUAAAGCAACUCGACUAACCACAGGAGUAGAAUAUCAAUUCCGUGUCAAGGCCAAAAACAGAUAUGGUGCAGGACCCCCAAUUACUUCAGAAGCUGUGGUUGCUGCAUAUCCUUUUAAGGCACCUGGACCACCAGGUACUCCCAAAGUUGUUGCGUUCACUAAGGACACAAUGACAAUUGGCUGGAAUGAGCCAGUUAAUGAUGGUGGAAGUGAAGUUAUUGGAUACCAUAUUGAAAGAAAAGAGAGGAGCAGCAUUGUCUGGCACAGGAUUAGUAAGGCCCUUGUGGUAGGAAACCUGUUCAAAACAUCUGGAUUAGAAUCUGGCUCUGCAUAUGAGUUUCGAGUGAUGGCUGAAAACAUAGCUGGAAUAGGGAAACCAAGCAAGGCAUCUGAACCAAUGCUUGCUCUUGAUCCUGUGGAUCCACCUGGUCAGCCUGUACCAAUACAUGUGUCUAAAAAUGUAAUAACUAUUCAGUGGACAAAGCCUGAAUAUGAUGGUGGGUUUAAGAUUACUGGUUACAUCGUGGAAAAGCGAGAUGUACCAUCUGGACGCUGGAUAAGAGCCAACUUCACAAACAUUAUUGAAACCACUUUCACAGUUAGUGGUUUAACGAAAGAAGCGUCCUAUGAAUUCCGUGUAUUUGCAAGAAAUUCAGCUGGUGCCAUGAGCAAUCCAUCAGACCCAUCAGAUCCAAUAAUUUGUAAAGAUGAUAUUGAAGAGCCAAGAAUUAUGGUAGAUGCCAAAUUCAAGGAUGUUGUUCUUGUUAGAGCAGGUGAAGUCUUCAAACUUGAUGCUGAUGUUGCAGGCCUUCCACUGCCAUCUAUGGUUUGGACCAAAGAUGGAAAAGAUGUUGAAAACACAUCCAAACUACAGAUAAAAAUGACAGACUUAAGCACUACUUUGGUUAACAAAGACUCUAUUAGAAAAGAUGGAGGUGAAUUUGUUCUGACAGCUACUAAUGUGGGUGGAUUUGCUAAACAUGUCUUCAAUGUUAAGGUUCUUGACAGACCAGGACCACCUGGAGGGCCUCUUAAAGUUUCAGAUAUUACAGCAGAAAAAUGUGUGCUUACAUGGGCUCCACCUGCAGAUGAUGGUGGGGCAAAUAUUGAAUAUUAUGUGGUUGAAAAACGUGAGUCAAGCAGACUUGCUUGGACAAACGUGGUAACUAACUUGCAAGUAACCCAAUACCAGGUGACAAAGCUGCUCAAAGGAAAUGAAUAUAUUUUUAGAGUCAUGGCUGUCAAUAAGUAUGGAGUUGGAGAUCCCCUUGAGUCUGAUCCAACAGUUUCGGACAAUCCUUAUGUUCCACCUGACCCUCCACAAACUCCUGAGAUCACAGCUAUCACCAAGGAUUCAAUGGUGAUUUGCUGGGGAGCUCCUGUCCAUGAUGGUGGAAGUGAAAUCACUAACUAUGGCAUUGAAAGAAGAGACAGAAUUAGUUUGCGCUGGGUAAAAUGCAACAAAAAGAAAGUUACUGACUUACAUUUUAAAGUAACUGGGCUUGUUCCUGGACAUGAAUAUGAAUUUAGAGUUGUGGCUGAGAAUGCAGCUGGAGUCAGUGCACCAAGCCCCUCAAGUCCAUUCACAAAAGCCAUAGACACUCUUUUCAAACCUGGUCCACCUGGUAACCCAAGGAUUUUGGACACAACAAGUUCCUCCAUAACACUUGCAUGGAACAAACCAGUAUAUGACGGUGGCUCCGAAAUCACUGGGUAUAUUGUUGAGACAUGCCUCCCUGGAACUGAAGAGGAGGAAUGGACAAUUGUUUCUCCUAAAGAGGGACUGAAAGGAACAUCAUUUACAAUAACAAAUCUUAAGGAGAAUCAAGAAUAUAAAAUCAAUGUCUCAGCUGUUAACAGUGAGGGGGUUGGGGAAACAGCAUCUGUUCCUGGUUCACCUAAAGCUGAAGAAAGACUUCUCCCACCAGAAAUUGACCUUGAUGCUGACCUUCGUAAAACUGUGAACAUCAGAGCCUGCAACACACUAAGACUUUUUGUGCCAAUCAGAGGAAGACCAGCUCCAGAAGUCAAAUGGUCAAGAGAGAAUGAAGAACCUUUGGACAGAGCUACCAUUGAAAGUACAUCAUCUUUUACAUUGUUGGUGAUUCAAAAUGUAAAUAGGUUUGACAGUGGCAAAUAUAACUUGACAGUGGGGAAUAGCUCUGGUUCCAAGACAGUUUCCAUUACUAUUAGGGUUCUAGAUACACCUGGGGCUCCACAAAACCUUAAAAUCAGCAAAGUUACUAAAGAGUCAGUUUCACUGGAAUGGGAUCCUCCGUUAAAUGAUGGUGGCACAAAGAUUAAGAACUACGUUGUUGAAAAGCGUGAGGCAACAAGAAAGGCCUAUGCUACAGUUAAUGCUAUCUGUCACAAAACAGAAUGGACUGUUGAUCAACUUCAAGAAGGCUGCAACUACUACUUCAGAGUUCUUGCUGAAAAUGAGUAUGGCAUCGGUCUCCCUAUUGAAACUGGUGAAUCAGUCAAAGUGUCAGAGAAACCACUUCCUCCAGGCAAGAUUACACUUCAAGAUGUUACAAAGACAAGCGUCACCUUGACUUGGGAGAAGCCUGAACAUGAUGGAGGAAGCAGAGUUGUUGCAUAUGUUGUUGAGAUGCAGAGUAAAGGCAGUGAGAAAUGGACACAAGCUGUGAUUGUAAAGGUUCCAGAGGCAGUUAUACCUGGGCUUACUCCUGGUGAGGAGUAUAUUUUCCGUGUUUCAGCAAGAAAUGAAAAGGGCACCAGUGAUCCUCGGCAAUUAGGUGUGCCAGUGAUUGCCAAAGACCUUGUUAUUGCGCCAUCUGCCAAGCUGCUAUUCUCAACAUUUAGUGUUCUUGCUGGAGAGGAUUUGACAAUUGAUAUUCCAUAUGUUGCUCGUCCCAAAGCUGCUGUAUCUUGGUUGAAAGAUGCUGUACCACUUAAACGAACCACCAGGGUUAACUUCUCUUCCACAGAGACCCUUCUGAAUCUUGUGAUCAAAGAAGCUUGUAGAGAUGAUGUUGGACAAUACAGUAUCAAACUUUCAAACACAGCUGGUGAGAAAUUAGUGGAUAUUAGAGUUGUUGUUCUUGACAAACCUGGCCCACCUACUGGUCCAGUCAAAGUUGAAGAAGUAACAGCUGACAGUGUCACAAUUUCAUGGAAACCACCAGAAUAUGAUGGAGGAUGCACCAUUAGCAACUACUUAGUCGAAAAGAGAGACACAUCUACAACAAACUGGGUAGUUGUGGCAGCAAAUCUGGCUAGAACAAAGAUUAAAGCUGGAAGACUAAAACCAGGUUCUGAAUAUCAGUUUAGAAUUACUGCUGAGAACAGGUAUGGAAAGAGCCCUUUGCUUGUUUCAGAGAGUGUUAUUGCACAAUACCCAUACAAACUUCCAGGUCCUCCUGGAACACCCUUUGUCCAUUCUUCUACCAAAGAUAGCAUGGUUGUCAUAUGGAAUGAGCCAGUUAUUGAUGGAGGAAGCACAAUUUUGGGAUAUCACCUUGAACGUAAAGAGAGAAAUAGUAUUCUCUGGGUUAAACUCAACAAAACCAUAAUCCAGGACACAACUUACAAGACCACAGGCCUUGAGGAAGGACUUGAAUACGAAUUCAGAGUGUAUGCAGAGAACAUUGUUGGUAUUGGAAAAGCAAGCAAAAUUUCAGAAGGCUAUGUCGCCAGAGAUCCUUGUGAUCCUCCGGGCACACCUGAGGCAGCUAAAAUCACAAAGAAUUCCAUUACAAUCACAUGGACUAAGCCUGAGUAUGAUGGUGGAAGCAAAGUCAUUGGUUAUAUUGUUGAGAAGAAGGAAUUGCCUGAAGGACGCUGGCUGAAGGCAAACUUCACCAAUGUCAUUGAGACAGAGUACACUGCUACAGGUCUUGCUGAAGACCAGAAAUAUGAAUUCCGGGUGAUUGCAAGAAAUGCAGCUGGUGUUUUUAGUGGUCCUUCUUACAGCACAGGACCUAUUACUGCAAAAGAUGAGAUUGAACCACCCAGAAUCAGCAUAGAUCCACAGUACACCCAAACAAUUGUUGUACAUGCAGGAGAAUCAUUCAAGAUUGAUGCAGAUGUUCAUGGUAAACCAGUCCCUACAGUUUACUGGAUGAAGGGAGAUCAAGAACUUGGAAACACUAUAUAUCGUGAAAUUAAAAACACUGACAGCUACACCUGUUUGUCUGUAAAAGAGGCAAAACUCGCUGAUGGUGGCCAGUACACUUUGCUGCUAAGAAAUCCCGGAGGCGAGAAAGCUGUUCAAGUAAAUGUCAGUGUACUAGAUAAACCCGGAACACCUGAGGGUCCCAUUUUCAUCACAGGGGUUACCUGCGAACAAUGCUGUCUUGCCUGGAAACCUCCUAAACAGGAUGGUGGAAGCAAGAUCAUUCACUAUAUUGUUGAAAGAAGGGAGUCUAGUAGACUUAUUUGGACUCUUGUUGAACCUAAAGUUCAAACUGAAAACUUGAAAGUAACAAAACUCCUUGAGGGAAAUGAAUACAUUUUCAGAGUUUUGCCAGUCAACAAAUUUGGAGUGGGAGAACCACUUCAGUCUGACCCAGUUACUAUAAAGGAUCCAUUUAUGCUUCCAGACGCUCCAAAGGGAAUAGAGGUGUCGAAUGUCAAGAAAGACUCAAUGGUCUUAAGUUGGGAGGCUCCCACAAGUGAUGGUGGCACUCCUAUCACUGGGUACAUCAUUGAAAAACAUGACAAGGAAGGUGUUAGAUGGACCAGAUGCAACAGACAAACGAUUACUAAUCUAACCUUCAAAGUUACUGGACUCCUUGAAGCACACCUCUAUGAAUUCAGAGUUGCGGCUGAGAAUACUGUUGGGGUGGGGGAACCUAGUUCAGCAACAGUAUUCUAUAAGGCUGUAGAUCCUGUGUUCAAGCCAGGUCCACCACAUAAUCCUAAAGUGACAGACACAACCAAAUCAUCUGUGUCACUUCUAUGGGGGAAGCCUAUUUAUGAUGGUGGAUGUGAAAUCCAAGCAUAUAUUGUUGAGUCAUGUGAGGCAAAAUCACCAGGUGAAGAAAGAAAGGAAGGAAAAGAUUCUGAAGAUGGAGUAGCUCCUGAAGAAUGGACAAUAUGCACCCCACCAACAGGUGUUAAGUUAACACGCUUCACAGUGGAAAACCUGAAGGAAAAGCAGGGAUAUAAAUUUAGGGUUUGCGCAGUUAACAAGGUUGGUGUUGGUGAGCAUGCAGAUAUUCCUGGUGACGUUCUUCCAGAGGACAGGACUGAGGAACCAGAUCUUGAUAUUGAUCCUGAGUUCAGAAAGCUUGUAAUUAUUAAAGCAGGAGGACCUCUUAGAAUUUUCAUUCCCAUCAGAGGGCGUCCUGUUCCACAAAUUAAAUGGGAGAAAGAUGAAGGCCCUAUUAAAGAGACAGUGCAAGUUGAGGUUACAAGUAGUUACACUUCCCUUGUGAUUGAUAAAGUCAACAGAUCUGACAGCGGAAAGUACACUGUGUACGCAGAAAACACCUCUGGUGUAAAGACUGCAACAAUCAUUGUGAAAGUUCUUGACACACCUAGUGCUCCAGUUAACAUUAAACUGCAAGAAAUUACAAAAGAAUAUGUCACUCUUUCGUGGGAACCUCCUGCCUUGGAUGGUGGAGCCAAGAUAAAAAAUUAUAUUGUUGAGAAGCGUGAAACUACAAGAAAAGCCUUCUCUGCUGUUGUAACAAACUGCCAUAAACUAUCAUGGAAAAUUGAACCACUUCAAGAGGGCUGUAGUUACUAUUUCAGAGUUCUUGCAGAAAACGAACAUGGAGUUGGGUUACCUGCAGAUAUUACAGAUCCAAUAAAAGUAUCUGAAGUGCCCCAGUGCCCUGGUAAAUUAAGUGUUGUAGAUGUUACAAAAACGAGUGUCUCACUUGCUUGGGAAAAACCAGUGCAUGAUGGGGGAAGUAGAAUUCUUCAGUACCUUGUUGAAAUGCAAGUGAAAGGCAGUGACAAGUGGUCUGGUUGUGCUAAUGUGAAAACAUUAGAAGCUGUUAUUAAAAACCUAAAUUCUGGUGAAGAAUACAUGUUCAGAGUAAUAGCUAUUAAUGACAAAGGAAAGAGUGACCCAAGAACUCUUGCAGUCCCAGUGCAAGCAAAGGAUCUUGUCAUUGAACCAGAUGUUAGACCUGCAUUUAGCAACUACAGUGUUCUCGUAGGAAAGGACCUUCAAGUUGAAAUUCCAGUUUCUGGACGCCCUAAACCAAAAGUCAUGUGGACAAAGGAUGGUGCAGCCCUUAAAUUCACAACAAGAGUGAACAUUUCUAAUACACCACACAGCACAAUUCUUAGUAUCAAAGAAGCUGCCAGAGAUGAUGGUGGCAUGUACGGAAUGAAUGUUUCCAAUGCUGUUGGGCAAAAGGAUGCCACAAUAGAAAUUAUCACGCUUGAUAAACCAGGACCACCAUCAGGCCCUGUAAGAUUUAAUGACAUAACGGUAUCAAGUGUAACAUUGUCAUGGGAUCCACCAAAAUACACUGGUGGUUGCUCAGUUUCAAACUACAUCGUACAAAAGAGAGAUACAACCACCACUACGUGGGAGAAUGUUUCUGUCACCUUGGCAAGAACAACACUGAAGGUUCCCAGACUGAAAACUGGUGCUGAGUAUCAAUUCAGAAUCAUUGCUCAAAACAGAUAUGGCAAGAGUUAUGCUUUAGACUCUCCAGCAGUUGUUGCUCAAUACCCAUAUAGAGAACCGGGCCCACCUGGAACUCCAUUUGUGUCAUCCUUGUCAAGAGAUCAUAUGGUCGUUGAGUGGCAUGAACCAGUUUCAGAUGGAGGCAGUAGCAUUAUAGGAUACCAUCUUGAAAGGAAAGAGAGAAACAGCAUCCUCUGGACCAAGAUAAACAAGACACUAAUUCAGGAAACAAAAUUUAAAACCAGUCCUCUAGAAGAAGGGAUGGAAUAUGAAUUUAGGGUCUAUGGUGAAAAUAUUGUUGGCAUUGGUAGAUGCAGUAAAAUCUCAGAGGGUUAUGUAGCCCGGGAUCCAUGUGAUCCACCUGGUACUCCAGAAGCUCUCCAUGUUAGUAAAAAUUCAAUAACAAUCCAAUGGACAAAGCCAGAAUAUGACGGAGGAAGUGUUAUAACUGGUUAUACUGUUGAGAAGCGUGAUCUGCCAGAGGGUCGAUGGAUGAAAGCCAGUUUUACAAAUGUGAUUGAAACCCAAUUCACUAUCACUGGACUCACAGAAGGAGCAAAAUAUGACUUCAGAGUAAUUGCAAAGAAUGCUGUUGGCACUAUUAGUAAACCAUCCUAUAACAGUGGACCUAUUGUUGCAUUGGAUGAAGUGGAGCCACCCAAGUUUUCAAUUGACCCUGAAUACACUCAGACUCUUAUUGUGAAUGCUGGGGAUACAUUUAAAAUUGAUGCAGAUGUCCAUGGCAAACCAGUUCCUACAAUACAGUGGUUCAAAGGUGACAAGGAAAUUGAAAACACAAUCCGAUGUGAAAUCAAGAAUACUGACACUAGAGCUAUGAUUGUUAUAAAGGAUGCACUCAGACAGGAUGGUGGCAACUAUACUCUUCAACUCACUAAUGUUGCUGGCUCACAAACUGUUUCAUUCCAUGUGAAAGUACUAGACAAACCCAGUCCACCAGAAGGGCCUCUUCAUGUCACAGGAGUAUCAAGCGAUAAAUGCACAUUGUCAUGGCGCCCCCCUCAACAUGACGGAGGAAGUGCUAUCACCCAUUAUAUUAUUGAAAGACGUGAAACAAGUCGUCUAGCUUGGACUAUGGUUUCUAUUGAUUGUAAAUCUACAGUAUAUAAAGUGACAAGUCUUCUUGAAGGCAAUGAAUAUAUGUUCCGUGUCAUGGCUGUCAACAGUUAUGGUGUUAGUGAGCCAAUCACUUCACCAUCUGUAAUAAUGAAGAAUCCAUUUGUAGCCCCCGGAUCACCACAAAUUCUGGAGGUGACUAACAUUGCUCGGGAUUCUAUGACCAUAUGCUGGAGUGCUCCAGAGACAGAUGGUGGAAGUGAAAUUGUCGGAUAUAUUGUUGAAAAGAAAGAUCGGUCUGGAAUUAAAUGGACCAGAUGCAACAGACAGAAAGUUACUGAUGUAUGUUUCAGAGUACAAGGCCUGAUAGAGGAUCAUGAGUAUGAGUUCAGAGUAUCAGCUGAAAAUGCAGCUGGAAUCAGUGAACCCAGUUUACCAACAUCAUAUUAUAAAGCUUCUGACCCUAAAUAUAAACCUGGCCCACCCACAAAUGCACAUGUGAUCGACACAACAAAGAGCUCUAUUUCCGUGACAUGGGGAAAGCCUCUUAAUGAUGGUGGAAGUGCAAUUCAAGGAUAUAUUGUAGAAAUAUGCAAAGCUGAGGAGGAGGAAUGGUCUAUGUGCACUCCACCAACUGGCCUGCGUGUUAAUAAAUUUGAAAUCACCAAGUUAACAGAACAACAAGAAUAUAAGGUUCAGGUAUGUGCUAUAAAUAAACUAGGUGUUGGUGAGCCUGCAGUUAUUCCUGGGACUGUCAAACCAGAGGACAAACUUGAAGCUCCUGAAAUUCACCUUGAUUCAGAGCUGAGGAAAGGCAUAGUUGUUCGUGCUGGAGGAUCAGUUAGAAUUAAUGUGCCUUUCAAGGGGAGACCAACACCUGAGAUUAAUUGGACUAAAGAUGAAGGAGAGCUGUCAGAGAAGGCAGUGAUUGAGAAGGGUCUAAACUUCACACAACUUUCAAUUGAUUCCUGUGACAGAAAGGAUUCUGGAAAAUACACUCUCACCCUGCAAAACAGCAGUGGUUCUGUGUCUGAAUUUGUGGCAGUGAAAGUAUUAGAUACACCUGGAGCCCCCCAGAACCUAGUAGUUAAAGACAUUAAGAAAGACUCUGUUACACUUGUUUGGGAUGCACCGCUUAUUGAUGGAGGUGCAAAAAUCAAGAACUAUGUUGUUGAUAAACGUGAAUCCACAAGGAAAGCAUAUGCCAAUGUUACAGCCAAGUGUAGCAAGACUAGCUUCAAAGUGGAAAAUCUUGCAGAAGGGGCCAUGUACUACUUUAGAGUUAUGGCUGAAAAUGAAUUCGGAGUUGGCUUACCAGUUGAAACAAAGACUGCUUCAAAGGCCUCUGAAGUACCUCUGCCGGUAGGAAAGGUGUUGUUGACUGAUGUGACGAAAGCCAGUGCAUCUCUGGCCUGGGAAAAACCAGAGCAUGAUGGUGGAAGCAGGAUUGUAGGUUAUUUGAUUGAAAUGCAACCCAAAGGAACAGAUAAAUGGGGUGUAGCAACAUCUGUCAAAACAUGUGAAGGCACAGUCACUGGACUAACAGCUGGCCAGGAAUAUCUGCUCCGUGUUCUUGCAUACAAUGAGAAAGGAAAGAGUGAGCCAAAACUCCUUGCUGCUCCUGUAAUUGCCAAUGACUUAACAAUCGAGCCAAGCCUGAAAGUACAGUUCAGUACAUAUAGUGUCAAAUCUGGUGAUGAUCUCAAACUGGAAAUACCAGUGUUUGGACGUCCCAAGCCAAAAGUUACUUGGAUGAAGGAUGGACAAACCCUUAAAGUGACAUCUAGAAUAAGCACUUCAAACACACCAACAUCAGCAAUUUUGCAGAUUACUGAGGCCAAUAAAGAUGACCUUGGAAAGUAUGCAAUUACUGCAACGAACAGUGCUGGUGCUGUUACAGAAGAAAUUGGAAUCAUUAUACUUGAUAAGCCUGGACCGCCAACAGGCCCUAUUAAGGUUAAUGAAGUCAGUAAAAGCUUUGUCACAAUUUCAUGGGAACCUCCAUCCUACACAGGAGGCUGCCAAGUUAAGCAUUACAUUGUUGAAAGGAGAGACACCACUACAACAACAUGGGAGACGGUACCUGGAUCAGUUGCCAGAACAUCUCUUAAAAUAACAAAACUAAAAACUGGUGCUGAGUACCAAUUUAGAGUCUUUGCUGAAAACAGAUAUGGCAAGAGUACUUCUUUGGAGUCAAAGGCAAUUGUUGUUCAGUAUCCUUAUAAACCUCCAGGGCCACCUGGAACUCCAUAUGUCAAGUCUGCCACUAAGGAUCAAAUGAUAAUUGAGUGGAAUGAGCCUGUCAAUGAUGGUGGAAGCACAGUAAUUGGCUAUCAUCUAGAAAGCAAAGAGCGAACUAGCAUUCUGUGGACAAAGUUGAACAAAACUCUCAUUACUGAUACAAUAUUUAAGAUUUGCAAUCUAGAAGAAGGAAUUGGAUAUGAAUUCAGGGUAUAUGCCGAGAACAUUGUUGGUAUUGGCAGAGCCAGUAAGGUUUCAGAGAGCUUUGUUGCUCGUGAUCCAUGUGACCCACCUGGUACUCCAGAAGCCGUUACCAUCUCGAAGAACCAUGUGGUAAUUCAGUGGACAAAGCCUCAAUAUGAUGGUGGCAGCAAAGUGACGGGAUACAUUGUUGAAAAGAGAGACUUGCCUCAAGGCCAUUGGAUGAGGGUUAACUUCACUAAUGUAAUUGAGACUGAAUUUGCAAUUACUGGCUUAACAGCAGACCAACAAUAUGAAUUUAGAGUAACUGCAAGAAAUGCUGCGGGUAUUUUCAGCGAACCAUCUGACAGCACUGGACCAAUUACUACAAAAGAUGAAAUUGAACCUCCAAGUGUUUCAGUUGAUCCUAAGUACAAGGAUGUCAUUGUCAUUAAUGCUGGAGAGAAUUUAGUUCUUGAAGCAGACAUCCAUGGAAAACCCAUUCCUGAUGUCCAGUGGUUGAAAGAAGGAAAGGAAAUGGAUAAAACGUUGCGCAUUGAAGUAAAAACAACCCAGAAAUGUGCCUCUAUUACGAUUAAGGACUGCACACGAUUAGACAGUGGCCAUUAUGAUCUUGUAUUAACCAACAGUGGUGGAACAAAAACAGUUCCAAUCACUGUAAGGGUACUCGAUAGACCAGGCCCGCCCACUGGACCAUUACGUGUAAUUGGCAUUAUGUCUGAUAAAUGUGACCUGUUCUGGACUGAGCCUUCCCAAGAUGGUGGUGCUAAUAUUUCUCACUACAUUGUUGAAAAAAGAGAAACAAGUAGGUUAUCAUGGACUUUGGUUGACGCCAAUAUUCAAGCUACCAGUUAUAAAGUGACAAAGCUCUUGAGAGGUGAUGAAUAUAUUUUCAGAGUUAUGGCCGUUAAUAAAUAUGGCAUUAGUGACACUCUGGAAUCUGAGGCAAUAAUUGCCCGCAACCCAUUUACACCACCAAGUAAACCAUCAACACCAGAAGCAAGUGAUAUAACCAAGGAUUCAAUGGUUCUAUCAUGGAAUGUCCCAGACAGUGAUGGUGGAACAGAAAUUAUUGGUUAUCACUUGGAGAAACGUGACAAAGAUGGUGUGAGAUGGACCAAAUGUAACAGACAGAAGCUUACUGACUUGCAUUUCAAAGUGACUGGUCUUUCAGAGGGGCAUUUCUAUGAAUUCCGUGUGUCUGCUGAGAAUGAAGCUGGUGUGGGUGAAUUGAGUGACUUAUCUCUGUUUUACAGAGCAAUAAAUGCCACAACUCCCCCUGGUCCACCUCACCAUCCUAAAGUGACAGAUUACACAAGCUCAUCUGUGUCCCUGGCUUGGGGCAAACCAGCCCAUGAUGGUGGUGCAUAUGUUAAAGGUUACAUUGUUGAGAUGAAAGAGGUUUCUGCAGAAGAAUGGACCAUAUGCACACCUCCAACUGGUUUACAAGCAACACGCUUAACAGUGGAAAAACUUAAGGAAAAUGCAGAGUAUAACUUCCGUGUUUGUGCCAUUAAUUCAGAGGGAGUGGGUGAACCUGCAGAGGUUCAUGGCUCUGUGAUUGCAACAGAAAAAAUUGAAACACCAGAGAUUGAACUUGAUGCUGACCUUAGGAAAGUUGUCUCUGUCCGUGCAGGUGGAUCACUUCGUCUGUUUAUUACAAUUCGUGGCAGACCUGAACCAUCUGUCAAAUGGGAGAAAGAAGAGAGUGCUUUAACUGAGCGUGCAGUAAUUGAGUCCACUGGUUCCUAUACCAUGCUUGUGAUAGACAAUGUCAACAGAUUUGACAGUGGGAAAUACAUCCUUUCUCUUGAAAAUAAGAGCGGCACAAAAUCAGCAUUUGUGAAUGUAAGGGUGCUUGAUUCACCGAGUGCACCCCAGAAUUUUGAAGUCAAAGAUGUUAAGAAAGACUCAGUGACUCUCUGUUGGGAUCCUCCUCUUACUGAUGGUGGAGCCAAAAUAACCAACUACAUUGUGGAAAAGCGAGAAUCAACAAGAAAAGCAUAUACAACUGUCACAAGUAACUGUACACAAAAUUUCUUCAAAAUAGAGGAGUUGCAAGAGGGAGGAAUUUUCUACUUCAGAGUAUGUGCUGUUAAUGAGUAUGGUAUUGGUGUUAUGGUAGAAACAAAGAAUCCAGUAAAAGUUGCUCAGGUACCUAUGCCUCCGGGAAAAGUGACUCUUGUGGAUGUUACCAAAAACAGUGUAACACUUACUUGGGUGAAACCUGCACAUGAUGGUGGCAGUAAAGUCAUCUGUUACAAUGUUGAGAUGCAGCCAAAAGGCACUGAUAAAUGGGGUGUGUGCUGCACAGUGAAAGUUCCAGAGGCUACUGUUUCCAACCUAACCCCUGGUGAAGCAUACUCUUUCAGGGUAAUUGCAGUGAAUGAGAAAGGCAAGAGUGAACCUCAAGAACUUGGGGUACCCGUCCAUGCUAAAGACAUAGCGAUAGAACCGUCGGUUAGUCUGCUCUUUAACACUUACAGUGUUAAGGCUGGAGAUGAUCUCACUAUUGAAGUUCCAGUAAGAGGCAGACCUAAACCAGUGGUUUCAUGGAAGAAAGAUAGCCUUCCUCUCAAGCAAACUACUUCUCUCACAAUAAUUAAUACCAUGGUAUCAAGCAAGAUUGUCAUCAAGGAAGCUGCCAUUGACCAUGUUGGAAAAUAUGAACUAACUCUUGCCAAUACAGCAGGCACCUUUUCUACAGAUAUCAACAUAGUGGUUCUUGAUAAACCAGGUCCACCAGCUUCAGUAAAAGUUGAUGCUGUAACUGCUGACAGCAUUACACUAUCAUGGACACCCCCAGAAUAUGACGGUGGUUGCUCCAUCAAUAACUACAUUGUUGAGAAAAGAGACACUAAUACAACAGUGUGGCAGAUUGUGUCAACAAAUGUUGCCAGAAAUUCAAUCAAGGUUUCUCGACUGACACAUGGUUCUGAAUAUCAAUUCCGUAUAUAUGCAGUGAACCGCUAUGGAAAGAGUAAGCCCAUUGACUCUCCUGGAAUUACUGCAGAAUAUACAUUUAAACAGCCUGGUCCACCUGCCACUCCCCGGGUGGCUCAUUCCACAAAGUCCUUUAUGCUUGUCACAUGGAAUGAACCAGUCAAUGAUGGUGGCAGCACAGUUCUUGGUUAUCAUUUGGAACGCAAAGAGAGAAGCAGUAUUUUAUGGACAAAGAUGAACAGGGCUCUUAUCAAAGAUACUGAGUUUAAAGUAACUGGUCUCGAAGAGGGCAUGUUCUAUGAGUACCGUGUGUAUGCUGAAAACAUUGCUGGUAUUGGAAAGGUCAGCAAGGUCAGUGAGGCUAUAGCUGCCAGAGAUCCUUGUGAUCCUCCUGGUCAACCUGUGGUUACAAGCAUAUCUAGAUCUUCUGUAUCUCUCUCUUGGACAAAGCCUGAAUAUGAUGGAGGAGCCAAAGUUACUGGUUACAUCAUUGAACGUAGAGAUCUUCCAGAGGGUCGCUGGAUGAGGUGCAACUUCACCAAUAUUGCUGAAACAUACUUUGAUGUUACUGGUCUCACUCAAGAUCAGCAAUAUGAUUUCCGCAUAACUGCAAAGAAUGCUGCUGGGCUGUUCAGUGAACCGUCUGAUAAUACAGGACCUAUCACUGUGAAAGAUGAUGUCGAUCCACCACGCAUUAUGAUAGAUGUGAAGUUCAGAGACACUGUGUUUAUGAAAGCAGGAGAGACCCUGAAGAUUAAUGCUGACAUUGCUGGUCGUCCACUACCAGUGGCAUCAUGGUCAAAGGAUGGAAAGGAGAUUGAACUCAAAGCAAGAAUUCAGAUAUCUGCAACAGAUAGUAGCACUAUGAUAAUAGUCAAAGACUGCAAAAGAAGUGAUUCUGGACAGUAUGCCUUAACAUUACAGAAUGCCGCUGGAACAGUAACAACACCAGUGAAUUGUGUGAUCCUUGAUAAACCAGGACCCUCAGCAGGACCAUUGUCAGUCACUGGCCUUACAGCCGAAACCUGCACGUUGUCAUGGGGACCACCACAAGAAAUCGGUGGUGCAGAAAUCACUCAUUAUGUUGUUCAGAAAAGAGAGACCAGCAGUUUGGCAUGGACAGUGGUACAAGGAGAGGUGAAAACUAGAACAUGGAAAGUAACAAAACUCCUCAAAGGCAAUGAAUAUAUCUUCAGAGUUUUGGCUGUAAAUAAGUUUGGACUGGGUGAACCUCUUGAGAGUGAAAUUGUCAAAAUCAUCGAUCCAUUCACCGUUGCUGCAGCGCCAACAAAUGUUGAAAUCACAAGUGUGACCAGUGAGGAGAUGACUAUAACUUGGGCUAAGCCUAUUCAUGAUGGAGGCAGUGAGAUCUGUGGGUAUGUCAUUGAGCGUCAUGAGAAAUCAAGUCUUCGAUGGGUCAGAGUCAACAGGGAACUUGAGAAAGACCUAACAGCUAUAGUACCUAAACUAAGAAGAGGAUGUGAAUAUGAAUUUAGAGUCUUUGCAGAAAAUGCUGCAGGUUUAAGUCCUCCUAGUCAGCCAUCUGCUUCAGCAAGGGCAGAGGAUGCAUUACUUUUGCCAUCUCCACCAACUAAACCAAAGAUCCUGGAUCAUACAAAGAACUCCAUCACUAUAGUCUGGAACAAGCCCUUGUCAGAUGGUGGCACUCCAAUCAUUGGAUACACUGUGGAAUACAAAAAAGCAGAGGAUGAGGAAUGGGUUGUUGCCAUCCAGAUGACAAGAAGCACAGAGUUCACUGUCUCUGGUCUCACAAGUGAUGUGGAAUAUGUCUUUGCUGUUAAAUCAAUUAACAAAAUUGGCUUAAGUGAACGUUCACCAGUUUCUGAGCCACAGGUAGCAACAGACAGAAAAGAGGAACCAAUAUUUGAUGUUGACAUUGAGAUGAGGAAAACCUUGAUUGUCAAGCAUGGAAAUUCUUUCACUCUGACAGCACCAUUUAAAGGAGUACCUGUGCCUUCAGUCACAUGGAAUAAGGAAGAAGUUGAUCUGAAAUCAAGGGCUACCAUUGAAACAACUGGAACAUAUACAUCACUAACAAUUGAAAAGGCAACAAGAAAUGAUUCAGGGCAGUAUACUGUUACAUUGGAUAAUGGUAUUGGAACUGCAUCAUUGCCGGUGAUUGUCAAAGUUCUUGAUUCUCCUGGUCCACCAAUUAAUGUGAAGGUUAAGGAAGUCACAAAAGACUCCGCCACACUUACUUGGGAAGUUCCAGAGAAUGAUGGAGGAGAUGCUGUGAAGGCUUACCAUGUUGAGAAACGUGAAGCUAGUAAAAAGGCCUGGGUGUGUGUAACAAAUAACUGUCGCAAUCUGGUCUACAAGGUAGAGGACUUGCAAGAGGGUGCAAUCUACUACUUCAGAGUCAUGGGAGAGAAUGAAUUUGGUAUGGGUGUACCUGCUGAGACAAAAGAGGGAACUAAAAUAACAGAAAUACCAAGUCCUCCUGCCAGGCUUGGGGUAGCUCAAGUAACAAAAGAUAGUAUUACAAUUGCAUGGUCAAAACCAGAGUAUGAUGGUGGAAGCAGAAUUACCAGCUACCUCAUUGAUGCUCUUGAGAAGGGUCAGCAAAAGUGGGUGAAAUGUGCCACGGUAAAAACCACCACUCAUACAAUCAAAGGCUUGAGAGAAAAUGCUGAAUACUUCUUCAGAGUUCGUGCUGAAAAUCAUGCAGGACUGAGUGAUCCAAAGGAAAUGGUUAUUCCUGUGGUUGUGAAAGAUCAACUUGAUGCACCUGAAUUUGAUAUGAAGAACUUCCCACAUAACACAGUUUAUGUGAGAGCAGGGUCAAAUUUGAAGUUUGAGCUCCCUCUCACUGGCAAACCAAUGCCAAAGGUGGCAAUGACAAGAAACAAUGUUCCAGUCAAGUGUGGAAAGAGAUUCAGUUUUGAAGUAACCCCUGAAAGUCUUAACAUUAAUCUCAAAGAAAGUAUUGCAAGUGAUGCUGGAAGAUAUGAUAUUGUUGCAUCCAACACAAGUGGAACAACCAAAAUGUUCAUUAACAUACUGGUUUUGGAUAGACCUGGUCCUCCAGUUGGUCCAGUUGCGAUUAGCGACGUUGGAGAAACAAGUGUGUGUCUCAAAUGGCUCCCACCUGUAUAUGAUGGUGGUAGCCCAGUCACCAACUAUGUUAUACUUAGGCGUGAAACAAGCACACCAGCUUGGGUGGAGGUGUCAUCCACAGUUGCCAGAAGUGCAAUUAAAGUGACCAAAUUAACAAAGGGAGAAGAAUACCAAUUUAGAAUUAAAGCAGAGAAUCGUUUUGGCAUCAGCGAUCACAUCGACUCUCAGACGGUCACUGUGAAACUUCCAUACACAAUUCCUGGGCCUCCAUCAACACCAUGGUUGAGCUUUGUUUCAAGAGAAAGCCUUACUGUCUGCUGGCAUGAACCAGUAGUAGAUGGAGGAAAUCCAGUGUUUGGAUACCAUAUACAAAUGAAAGAAAGAAGCAGCAUUCUGUGGCAGAAAGUGAACAAGACAGCAAUCCCUGCUAACCAAAUUAGAGUGACAAACAUAUGCCCUGGGAUGAUCUAUGAAUUCAAGGUUGCUGCUGAAAAUGCUGCUGGCAUUGGAAAAUUCAGCAAGACAUCAGAGGAAGUGCUUGCCAUUGAUGCCUGUGAACCUCCGGCAAAUGUGAGAAUCUCUGAGAUUACAAAGACCUCAGUUAGCCUUGUCUGGCAGAAGCCCCCAUUUGAUGGUGGAAGCAAAAUCACUGGCUAUAUGGUUGAGAGACGAGAUGCUCCAAAUGGCAGGUGGACAAAGGCUAACUUUACCAAUGUCAUUGAGACAAACUUCACUGUCUCAGGUUUAACACAGGAUCAGUCAUAUGAAUUCAGAGUCUUUGCUAAGAAUGCAGUUGGCUCUGUAAGCAACCCAUCUCUUAUCGCUGGACCGGUAACUUGUGUUGAUGUUUCUGGCACUCCCGCUAUUGAUUUGCCUCCUGAGUACUUGGAUGUUGUACAAUAUAAAGCUGGGGCUUCUGUCAAAAUAAGACUAGGAAUUAUUGCAAAGCCUUUGCCAACAAUUGAAUGGCUCAAGAAUGGAAAGGAAUUGGUGUCAAGCUCACAGCUUUCAAUUGAGAACACCACUGAUUCAUCUGCUGUGCUUAUCAAGGAUGCCACUCGUCUUCACACUGGAACAUAUGAAAUGAAGAUUAGAAAUGUGUUUGGCACAGCCUCUGUUUCUAUCAGAAUAUUAAUUCUAGACAAACCUGGCCCCCCAACUGGAAGCAUUGAGUUUAAAUCAGUGACUGCUGACAGCAUAACUAUUGCAUGGGGACCCGUAGAAGAUGAGGGAGGCUCCAAAGUUACCCAUUAUAUUGUGGAAAAAAGAGAGACGAGCAGAGCUGUGUGGUCGAUCGUUUCGGAUUGUUUGGAGGCACGUACAGUCUCUGUACAGAAAUUGAUCCGAGGAAGUGAAUACGUCUUCCGUGUGAGAGGAGUCAAUAAGUUUGGAGCUGGAGAGCCUCUGGAGUCUGAUCCUGUCAUUGCCAAGAAUGCUUUUGUUACUCCUGGACAGCCUACCACACCAGAGGCAACAGAAAUCACUAGAACAUCAAUGAAGAUUAUAUGGGAUAAACCAGGUUUGGAUGGUGGUAGCAUGGUUACAGGCUACUAUUUACAGCGACGUGACAAAAAGAGUCUACGCUGGAUUAAAGUUUACAAAGACCCUAUCAAUGACACAACAGCAAAGAUCUAUCACUUGACUGAAGGAAAUGAAUAUCAGUAUCGUGUAUGUGCAGUCAAUAAAGCUGGGGAAGGCCCAUUCUCAGAUGUAUCUGACUUUUACAAAGCAGCUGAUCCUGUUGAUGCACCUUCUGAGCCAACUAAGUUAAAGGUUGUUGACUCAACAAAAACAUCAAUUACUCUUGGAUGGUCCAAGCCAGAAUAUGAUGGUGGGAGUGAAAUCACUAGCUAUGUUGUGGAGAAAAGGGUGGGUGAGGAAGGAGAAUGGACAGUAAUCAGUCAAAAGGGUGAAGUCAAAACUACUGAGUAUGUUGCAUCAGAUCUUAAGCCAGACAUUGACUACUACUUCAGAGUAUCUGCUGUAAAUUGUGCUGGACGUGGAGAUCCGAUAGAGAUGGAGGAACCAGUCCAAGCCAAAGACAUUCUUGAGGAAGCCCAGGUUGACCCAGAUGUUGCAAUGAGAACUCAUUACAUUGUGAAAGCUGGCAAAGAUGUUGAGAUCAUGGUGCCUCUCAAGGGUAGACCUGCUCCAAGAGUUUCUUGGAAGAAAGAAGAGCAAAACAUUGACAAUGAUCCUAAAUAUGAUAUUCACACCACACCUACAUCAUCAUGCCUUGUAAUUUCACAAGUAACACGGAAUGAUACUGGUAAAUAUACCAUAGAUAUAUCAAAUGGAGUUGGCCAGCCGAAAUCAUUGACCUUAUCUGUGAAAGUACAGGAUACUCCUUCUGCAUGUAGAAAUCUGGUCCUGAAGGAUGUCACUCGUGGUAAGGUGACCCUUGUCUGGGAACCUCCACUCCUUGAUGGUGGUGCUGAAAUCACUAACUAUAUUGUUGAGAAGAGAGACUCUUCAAAACGCACAUAUGCUUCUGUCACAAACAAAUGCAUGGAAACUACAUAUGUAAUUGAGGAGCUCUCUGAGAAGGCAUCAUACUUCUUCCGUGUAGCAGCAGAAAAUGAGAAUGGAGUAGGUGAUCGAUGUAAUACAGCAGAGCCAGUUAAAGCCACUGAGAAACCAGGUCCCGUUAAAGAUCUAGCUAUGAAAGACUCCUCAAAGACAUCAGUGACUCUACAGUGGAAUAAACCGGAUUAUGAUGGUGGUAGCAUUAUUACUGACUACAUCAUUGAAAAGAGAAUUCAAGGUCAAGAAGAUUGGAGCCCUGCUGGCACAAACAAGCACUGUGAGCAUACGGUCACAAAACUUAAGGAACUCACAGAGAUGUUCUUCAGAGUUUGCUCCACAAAUGAGAAGGGCAGUAGUGAUUUUACAGAGAUUGGUCCAAUUAAAGUUAAGGACUAUAUCAUACCACCAGAGGCAAACCUUGAGGAGUAUCCUGAUGGACAGGUCAGUGUGCGUCUUGGCCACAAUGUGCACAUUGAGUUGCCAUACAGAGGUAAACCAAGGCCAUCUGUUCUGUGGCUGAAAGACAAUUUGCCUCUGAAAGAAAGUGAAAGGAUUCGCUUCAAGAAAACAGAGAACAAGGCAACCCUUAUGAUAAAGAAUGUAGAAAAAGAGAAUGGUGGUAAAUAUACACUUACUCUUGACAACAAUGUCAGCAGGAAAUCAUUCCAUGUACAAGUCAUCACCCUUGGACCACCUGCCAGACCCAUUGGACCUAUUCGCUUGGAUGAGGUCAGAGCAGAAAGUAUUAUGAUAUCUUGGGAUGAACCAAAUGAUGACGGAGGUGGAGAAAUUACUUGCUACAGUGUUGAAAAACGUGACACCUCUCAGACAGACUGGAAAAUGGCUUGUUCAAGUGUAAUAGGAACAUCAUUCAAGGUACCCAAUUUAAUCAAAGGAACUCAGUAUCAGUUCAGAGUAUGUGCUGAGAAUAGGUAUGGUGUGAGUGAACCACUAGUUUCACAAAAUGUCAUUGCCAAGCAUGAGUUCAGACCACCAGGUCCACCGGGCAUGCCAUUCGUCUACAAUGUCACCAAUGAUGGCAUGACUAUUCAAUGGGAGGCUCCUAUCUUUGAUGGUGGCUGUCCAAUUCUUGGAUUCCAUGUUGAAAAGAGGGAAACAAACAGCAUCAUGUGGCAGAAGGUCAAUUUAGUCUUGAUCACUGCAAGAGAAUACAGGAUUAAUGGACUUAUUGAAGGUCUGCAAUACCAGUUCAGAGUAUAUGCUCAGAAUGAUGCUGGACACAGUCGUAUGAGUGAUGAAAGCAAACCAGUGAUGGCUGUUUCUCCUGUUGAUCCUCCUGGUAUGCCUGACUAUGCUGAUGUUACAAGUGAAUCUGUGAAAUUAAAAUGGGAUGCACCCAAAAGAGAUGGAGGAAGCAAAAUUGUUGCUUACAAUGUUGAGAAGCGUCAGGGACAAGGUCGUUGGUUGAAGACCAACUUCUCAGAUGUAACUGACACUGAGUUUAUAGUGACUGGCCUAACUUGUGGCGAGCGCUAUGAAUUCAGGGUUAUUGCAAGAAAUGCCAUUGGCACUGUUAGCCCACCUUCUCAGUCUUCUGGCUAUGUACUCAUCCGAGAUGAAAGCUUCAGUCCAAACAUUGAAUUUGGCCAGGAGUACUUUGAGGGAGUUGCCAUUAAAGCAGGAGAAAGCCUCAAGCUUAAAGUCACAAUUAGAGGAACACCAACACCCAAGGUCACAUGGUUCAGGGAUGAUGUGGAAUUAACUAAGAAGAUGGCUGACAUCACAACAACUGCUGGAUUGAGCACUCUCUUUAUCAGAGAUGUCGACCGCUCUCAUCGUGGAGUGUAUACUGUAGAAGCCAAGAAUCACUGUGGAACCAAGAAGGAACAAAAGAAAGUUGAAGUCUUUGAUACACCUGGAGAGCCUGUUGGACCAAUUGUCUUCACAAACAUCUCAGAGGGCAAAGUAACACUUUCAUGGAAUCCACCAGAGAAUGACGGGUGCUCUGAGGUCACUCAUUACAUAAUUGAAAAGCGAGAGACCUCCAAAAUUUCCUGGACACUAGUUACAGAUCAAUGUGAGGAAUGCACUUACAAUGCCACCAAACUGAUCAAGACUAAUGAGUAUCAGUUCCGUGUUUCUGCAGUGAACAGGUUUGGUGUCAGUAGACCACUGGACUCUGUUCCUGUCAUUGCCCAAAUGCAGUACACUGUCCCAGACUCUCCUGGUACUCCAGAUGCAACAGAUGUUGAUGGAGAAAGUAUUACAAUCAACUGGGCUCCACCAACAAAUGAUGGUGGAAAUCCACUUAAGCAUUACAUUGUUGAAAGACGUGAGAAGAAGACCGGGCGCUGGUUAAAGGUCUUAACUAGGAAACCCAUUGUCGAGGCUGCACACAGAAUUACUCACCUAACUGAGAAUGUGGAAUAUGAGUUCCGGGUUUAUGCAGUUAAUGAUGCUGGAGUGGGAGCUCCAAGCAAUAUUUCAAUGCCUAUUAAAUGUGCAGAGCCAACUGAAGAACCAGAUGCUCCUUCAAUUAUAAAUGUCACUGACACCACCAAUACUACUGUGAGUCUGGAAUGGACCAGGCCUGGAUAUGAUGGUGGCCUGGAGGUUCAGGGCUACAUUAUUGAGAUGUGCAAGGGAGCUGAAAAAGAAUGGCAUAGAGUCAACGAGGAUCUCUGUACUGUCACCAAAUACACUGCAACUAGUUUGGAAACUGGAGCAGAGUACAAAUUCCGCAUUAGUGCAGUCAAUGCCAUUGGAAAGGGUGAAGCAAAAGAGAUUCUAGAACCAGUACAAGCAGUGGAUAGACUGAGUGCACCAGAGUUUGAAAUCGAUGCAAGCUUCCAACAGACACACAUAGUCAAAAGUGGAGGCAGUGUAUGUCUUCGCAUUGCUUUUAAAGGAAAGCCAGCACCUAGUGCUUCAUGGAUAAAGGUGGAUGGAGAACUUAGUGUUAUGUCAGAUAUAACUACCACAGAGAAUUUCACUUGUUUAACAAUAGAGAACUGUACACGAACCGACAGUGGAAAAUACACACUUGCUCUUGAGAACAACAGUGGUAGCAAAUCUGUUACAUUUACAGUGAAAGUGCUAGACACACCUGGAGCUCCAGGUCCUCUCACGUUCAAGGAUGUUACAAGAGGAGCCCUAACACUUACAUGGGAGCCUCCAGUCAAUGAUGGUGGUGCACGUGUUCAUCACUAUCUUGUAGAGAAGCGUGAGGCCAGUCGUCGUACAUGGACAGAGGCAGCACCUAAGUGUACUGAGACAAGGUUGAGAGUUUCCGAUCUCCUGGAAGGAGUACCCUACUUUUUCAAAGUCAUGGCAGAAAAUCAGUAUGGCCUUGGUGAGGCUUAUGAAAUGCCUGAUCCAAUUGUUGCCACAGCUGAACCAGCUCCACCAAAAAGAUUGGACAUUAUUGAUACCACUGAUACAACAGUUACCCUUGCUUGGCUGAAGCCUGAACAUGAUGGUGGCAGCCGUGUUACAGCUUAUUGUGUUGAGGCCAAAGCAAAGGAAACAGAUAAAUGGGUUGUUGUUGGUUCUACCAAAAACUUAACUCUUGUAGUUGAAGGCUUAACAGAAGGUACAGAAUAUGAAUUCCGUGUCAAAGCAAAAAAUGAUGCAGGGUUCAGUGUACCUAGAGAAGCAUUCUCAUCUGUUAUUGUUAAAGAGCCUCGUAUUGAGCCAACUGCAGAUCUCAGUGGCAUUACCAACCAGCUCAUCACUUGUAAGACUGGAAGUCCAUUUGAAAUUGAUGUCCCAAUUAGUGCCAGACCAGCUCCGAGUGUUAUUUGGAAGCUUGAAGAAAUGAGACUAAAGGAAACUGACAGAGUUUCAAUCAAGACAACCAAGAAUAGGACCACUUUGACAGUUAAAGAAAGCAUGCGAGGUGAUGGAGGACGAUACUUCCUUACCCUUGAGAAUGUCACUGGUGCUAAAACUUUCACUGUCACUGUCAAUGUGAUUGGAAGACCCAGUCCUCCAGAGAGCCCUAUUGAGAUUUCUUCGAUUACUUCUGAGUCUUGUAAAUUAGAGUGGAAUGAGCCUGAAGAUGAUGGUGGAACUGAGAUAACCAACUACAUUGUUGAGAAGCGUGAAUCUGGCACCACUGCCUGGCAGCUUGUGAAUUCCAGUGUGAAACGCACAUCAUUCCAUGUCUCACAUCUGACAAAAUACAUGCAAUACACUUUCCGUGUCAGUGCUGAAAACAGAUUUGGUGUGAGCAAACCAACUGAGUCUGAGACCAUUGUUGCAGAGCAUCCAUUUGUUCCACCAGGGCCUCCAACCAGGCCAGAAGUGUUUGCUGUCACUGCUAAUAGCAUGAGCAUUCGCUGGGAAGAACCAUUCCAUGAUGGCGGUAGUAAAGUCACUGGGUACUGGAUUGAGAAGAAGGAGCGCAACACCAUCCUCUGGGUCAGAGAGAACACCAUCCCUUGCUUUGACUGUUACUAUAAGGUGGAAGGUCUUGUUGAAAGUCUAGAGUACCAGUUCAGAGUUUAUGCAAUGAAUAGUGCUGGCCUCAGCAAAGCAAGUGAAGCCUCCAAGAAAGCUGUGGCUCAAAACCCAGUUGAUCCCCCAGGAAAGCCAGAAGUGACCAACGUGUCACGGUCCACUGUUUCAAUUAAGUGGUCUGUGCCACUGAAUGAUGGUGGAAGCCCAAUUGUAGGUUACAUUGUUGAGCGCAAGCCAUACACCGUUACUGGAGAAGGUCGUUGGCUGAAGUGUAAUUACACUAAUGUUACUGAUACAAACUUCACUAUUACUGCACUGGGAGAAGGGGAAGUGUACGAGUUCCAUGUGAUUGCCAAGAAUGCUAACGGCGUGUUCAGCUUGCCAUCAAUUUCAACCGGAGCAGUGACUUGCAAGGCAGAAUACACGCCUCCAAAAGCAGAAUUGGACAGUAAACUUCUUGUAGACACAGUUACUAUCAGAGCUGGCUCAGACCUUGUUCUUGAUGCUGCUGUUGGUGGUAAGCCUGAUCCCAAGGUCUCUUGGGCCAAGGGAAAGAAGGAGCUGGACCACUGUGAAAAAUACUCUCUGCAGUAUUCCAGCACCCGUGCUCUGGCAAUCAUUAAGUUCUGUGAUAGAGAUGACUCUGGAAAGUAUGUUCUGACAGUGAGGAAUGCCAGUGGAACCAAAACAGCUGAAGUCAAUGUAAAAGUGCUUGAUACACCGGGCCCAUGCCAGGAGAUAACAGUAAGCAAUGUGACGGAGGAGAAAUGCAAAGUGUCCUGGAAGGAGCCAUUAGAGGAUGGUGGUGACCCCAUCACACAUUAUGUUGUGGAGAGGAGGGACACCAACAGACUCAACUGGGUCAUCAUGGAUGCUGAAUGCAAGGCCCUCACAUGUGACAUUACCAGACUUUUCAAAAAUAAUGAAUAUAUUUUCCGUGUGAGAGGUGUGAACAAGUAUGGAACCGGUGUUGCACUACAGUCUUCACCAAUUUUUGCCAGAAACUCAUUCACUGUGCCAUCACCUCCGGGACCACCAGAAAUUCUUGCUGUUGGAAAAGAUUUUGCGACAAUUGAAUGGCUGAAAUCUGAGAGUGAUGGAGGCAGUGAAAUCACAAACUACUUAAUAGAGAAGAAAGAGCGGAAGAGCAUCAGAUGGGUCAAGGUCAAUAGAGAUUCCAUACUUAAGGACACGUCCUUCAAGGUUACAGGUCUUCAAGAGGGCAACAUUUACCAGUUCCGUGUUACAGCCAUGAAUGCAGCUGGUGACAGUGAGCCCAGUGAGGUGUCCAUGUAUGCUGUCUGCAGAGUACCAACAGGCAAGCCAGAUGCUCCUUCAAUUCCACGUGUAACAGACUCACACAAGGACAGCAUUUGUCUGGCCUGGGCAAGACCAGUGGAAGAUGGAGGUGCUGAUAUUAUAGGCUAUGUCCUUGAAAUGCAAGAACUUGGUGCCGAAGAAUGGACCAAGGCCCAUGAGAAGAAUAUUAGAACCACAGAGCACACAGUUACAGGUCUUACUUCUGGCAAAAAGUACUGUUUCAGAGUUGCUGCGGUCAAUGUAAAUGGAACCGGUGACUUCAGUGACCCAUGUACUGAAGUAGAGCCUGUUGAAAGAAUCGAAACUCCUGACCUUGAGCUUCCGGAUGAUCUGAAGAAGACGAUUUGCCUAAGAGCUGGAAGCUCUCUGCGUCUUCAUAUUACUGUUACGGGAAGACCCGUUCCAGCUAUCACUUGGAGCAAGCCUGGUGUAGAUCUUGAGAACCGUGGGUUUAUUGAAGUGACUAAUACUGCCACCACCCUGAUUAUUGAUAAGGUGCACCGCUACGAUGCUGGAAAAUACACAGUUGAAGCUUCUAAUUCAGCUGGCAAGAAGGAUGCUAGCAUUCUUGUAAAGAUCUAUGAUACUCCUGGUCCACCAGGUCCUAUUAAAUUCAAGGAACUCACAAAAGAGUCCGCUCACAUUACUUGGGAUGCUCCUGAGGUUGAUGGUGGAGCACCUGUUAAUAAUUACAUCAUUGAGAGAAGAGAAACAUCAAUGAGAGCCUACAAAACAGUGACUUCCAAAUGUAGCAAGACAUCAUACAAAAUUACAGGCCUGGAAGAGGGAAUGCACUAUUACUUCAGAGUCUUGCCAGAAAACAUAUAUGGUAUAGGUGAACCUUGUGAGACACCAGAUGCUGUGUUGGUGUGUGAAGUGCCACUGCCUCCAGCGAAGAUGGAUGUUGUAGAUAUCACAAAGUCUUCUGUAACUCUUGGAUGGGAGAAACCUGAACAUGAUGGAGGCAGCAGAAUCACUGGCUACAUUGUUGAAGCUUGCAGGGCCAAUACAGACAAAUGGAUGAAGGUCGCCACUUUGAAAUUAACAGAUUUUGAGUACACUAUUGACAAACUGAAUGAAAAUGAGCAGUACCUCUUCAGGGUACGUGCUGUGAACAGCAGAGGAAUGGGUGAACCCAAAGAAACUGUCACAGCUGUGACAGUACAAGAACAAAGAGUUAUGCCAAAGGUCGAUCUGUCAAGCAUUCCACAGAAGAUAAUCAGUGUUUUGGCUGGCAAACCCCUUGAACUUCAUUUACCAAUCAUUGGAAGACCGCCUCCAGUUUACUCUUGGUUCUUUAAUGACAAUAAGUUAAAGAUACAAGAACGUGUGAAAAUCCAGUCAACAGCUAAAUUCACCAAAUUAACUGUUCUUGACACCACAAUCGAUGAUACUGGGGAGUAUACGCUUGAAGUGAAGAAUAUUACAGGAAUUACUACAGAAAAUAUCAAAGUGAUCAUUCUCGACAAACCUGAUCAGCCCAAAGGUCCGAUUCAGUUUGAUGAGGUUGAUGCCACUUCAGUUACAAUAAGCUGGAACCCACCAGAAAGGGAUGGAGGUGCUCCUGUCUCUAAUUAUGUGGUUGAGCAACGUGAUGCUCAUCGUCCAGGAUGGGUACCUGUCUCUGAAUCAGUCAGCAGACCAAUCUUUAAGUUUGACAGAUUGACAGAGGGAGAGGAAUACGUCUUCAGAGUAGCAGCAGUUAAUCGCUAUGGCACUGGAGAUUUCUUGCAAUCUGAUAUCGUGAUGUGCAGGAGUUCUAAAUCCAUUCCUGGACCACCAGGUCGACCAGUUGUGUUUGAUGUGUCUCGUGAUGGCAUGACUGUUGCAUGGGAACCACCAGAUGAGGAUGGUGGAUUAGAAGUAUCUGGCUAUAUCAUUGAACGCAAAGAGGUCAGAGCUGACCGUUGGGUGCGUGCGAAUAAGAAUCCUGUCACAAUGACGAGAUACAGAUCUACUGGUCUUAUUGAAGGCCUUGAAUAUGAGCAUAGAGUGACAGCCAUUAAUGCUAGAGGUGUUGGCAAACCUAGUCUACUAUCCAAGCCAGCUGUGGCAACUGAUCCAGUUGAUCCACCUGGAUCACCUCAGAAUCCAAGAGUCACAGACACCACGAAGACAUCUGUGUCACUGGCCUGGAACCCACCUGAUGAAGAGGGUGGUUCUAAAGUUUCUGGUUAUCUGAUUGAGAUGCAGAAGGUUGGCUCUGUAGCCUGGAUCAAGUGCAAUACCACACCUUCCAUGAUUUGUGAAUAUACUCUGACUAAAAUGCCCCAAGGAGAGGAGUUCAAAUUCAGAGUCAUGGCCUGUAAUGCUGGAGGACCAGGCGAGCCUGCUGAAGUUCCAGGAACAGUCACUGUGAAAGAGAGACUUGAACCCCCAAGUCAUGACCUUGAAGCUAAGUACAAAGAUGUCUUUGUUGUCAGACAUGGAGCAGUCAUCAAACUUUCAGUUCCAAUCAAAGGCAAACCAACACCUGUUUGCAAAUGGUCAAAGGAUGGAGCUGAGAUCUCUAACCGUGCAAUGAUUGCUUCCAAUGAAGAUGUUACUGAGCUUGUUAUCAAGGAGGCUGAAAAGUCAGACUCCGGUGUAUAUGUUCUCCAUCUUGAAAACAAAUGUGGCAAAAAAGUAGUGCAGAUCAAGGUUAAGGUUAUUGGCCGCCCAUCUGCACCUGAAGGUCCACUUAAGUUUGAUGAUAUCCAGGCUCAUUCUGUAAGAGCGAGUUGGAACCCACCGAAAGAUGAUGGUGGGACAGAAAUCCUUGGCUAUAUUGUGGAGAGGCGUGAGUCUCAAAAGGCAGCCUGGUACACUGUGGAUUCACGAGUGGUUGACACAUCUCUGGUGGUUAAAGGGCUCCAGGAAAACGUUAAGUACCACUUUAAGGUGACAGCAGAGAAUAAGUUUGGCAUCAGCGGUUCCCUUAAAUCAGAACAACCUGUAGUACCAAAGACUCCAAUUUGUGUGCCAGAAGCUUCAAGCACCCCACCAGAGGUCAUGGAUGUCACUAAGAACUCUGCUGCUUUGGCUUGGACUAAACCUAAAGAUGAUGGUGGAUCUCCAAUCACUGGAUACUUCAUUGAGUACAAAGAAGUGUCAUCUGCUAAGUGGGUUCGUCAUGAGACAAAGGUGACUUCUACCAUGUACACCCUCAGUGGCCUCACUACUGAUGCAGAAUAUCAGUUCCAUGUGAUUGCUGUGAAUGAUAUUGGAGAGGGUGAAGCUGGACCUGCAUCAGAUUCUGUUGUAUGCAAAGAUCCAUUUGACAAGCCAAGCCAACCAGGUGAGAUAGACACUGUGAUGGUAACUAAAGACUACAUUACCAUUCGCUGGGAAGCACCUGAGUGUGAUGGUGGAAAGCCAGUCCUUGGUUAUUGGGUUGAGUACAGAAAAUCAGGAGAAAGCACCUGGAAGAAGUGCAACAGGGAACGCUCAAAGGACAAAGAGUUUACUCAGGGUAACUUGCAAGAAGCUACAGAGUAUGAAUUCAGAGUAUUUGCUGAAAAUGAAACUGGAAUCAGCAGACCCCGCAGGACUGCAAUUGGGAUCAAGACUAAACUGAGUGUUGGAACUAAGCCAGCCCUUAGAAAGGAGAUGGAUGAAGUUUCUGCCAAGCUUGGACAGACUGCCACCCUAAAAUGUCAGAUUAUUGGAAGGCCUGUUCCAGAAAUCAAAUGGUACAAAGGUGGAAAGGAAAUCAAAGAGGGACGGAAGUAUGCUGCAACCUCUGAUGGCCGUAACCAUGCACUGACCAUCUCAACAGAUCAACAGGAAGAUGAGGGCUUGUACACAUGCAAAGCUGUGAAUGAAGCAGGAGAAUGUGAAACCAGUGGAACCUUGGUUCUUGAAGCAGCACCACAGUUCCCUGCCCCAUUAAAAGACAAAAUCUUUGCUGGAUGUGGUACCACUGUGCGCAUCCAUGCUGUAUACAUAGGCCGACCUGAGCCCAAGAUUAUGUGGCUGCAUGGUGCCAAACCUGUUGAGCCUUCUGAGAAUGUCAGUAUUGAGAAUACAGAGCAUUACACUCAUUUGAUUUUGAAGAAUGUUCAACGUAGGGUGAAUGGUGGACAGUACAGAAUCAGAAUCAACAAUCACUUUGGCUCUGCAGACACAGUAACUCAACUUGAAAUCCUAGAUAAGCCUGCCAUGCCAGAAGGUCCUAUUGUUCUUGAAGCUUUACUUAAGAAUUCUGUGAUCAUUAGUUGGAAGGCACCAAAAGAUGAUGGUGGAUCAAUGAUCACAAACUACAUUGUGGAGAAGCGUGAAGACAAGGAAGGCGCAGAGUGGCAACUUGUGUCAUCAUCCAUCACAGGCACUUCAUGUCGUAUUCCCAGCCUUGUGGAAAAUGAAGGCUACUUCUUCCGUGUUUCAGCUCAAAACCGUUAUGGCAACAGUGAACCACUGGAAACACCAUCUGCUGUUCUCAUCAAGAGUCAGUUAGAUAAGCCAGGAGCACCACUGAAACCAGCUGUGUCUGGGGUGACCAAAAACUCCUGCAUUGUGUCUUGGAAACCACCUCUUAGUGAUGGAGGUUCUAAGAUCAAGAACUAUCGUCUUGAGAAGAAAGAGAAGAAGAAGGCUGAAUGGGUUGCUGUAACCACAGAUGAAAUCCACCAGACAGUUUACUCCGUUAAGCGGCUUACAGAAGGGGUGGAGUAUAUUUUCCGUGUGAAAUGUGAAAAUCUUGGCGGAGAGAGUGAAUACAGUGAAGAGUCUGACCCUGUUGUUCCAAAAACUGAGGUUGAAGUGCUUGCUCCUGCCUUCAAGGAAGAUCUCAGGAAUAUGAGUGUGAAAUACAAGAGCAAUGCAACAUUUGUUUGCAAGAUAACAGGACAGCCCAAACCUGUGAUAAAAUGGUUCAAGCGAGGCAAAGAAAUACAGGCUGAUGGAACCAAAACCAAGAUCCAAGAGUUUAAGGGAGGCUAUCACCAGCUUGUUAUUUCUAAUGCUGAUGAGGAAGACUCUACUGUGUAUCAGAUUAGAGCAACAAACCAGGGAGGAUCUAUCUCUGCCACUGUUUCUCUGGAUGUUGAAAUACCUGCAAAGAUUCAUUUACCAAAGAACUUACAAGAUAAAGAGGCUAUCCAUGCUCUUCGUGGUGAGGUGGUAAACAUCAAGAUUCCAUUCAGUGGAAAACCUGAUCCAGUUAUCACAUGGCAGAAAGGACAAGACCUUAUUGAUAACAAUGGCUAUUAUCAAGUUAUUGUCACAAGAUCAUUCACAUCUUUAGUGUUCCCUAAUGGAGUUGAAAGGAAGGAUGCUGGCUUCUAUAUUGUCUGCGCAAAGAAUAGAUUUGGCAUUGACCAACAAACAGUUGAACUUGAUGUCGCUGAUGUUCCUGAUCCACCUCGUGGUAUCAAAGCCAGUGAUGUCUCUAGAGAUUCUGUAACUCUGGAUUGGGUGGCACCUGCUAGUGAUGGUGGAAGUAGAGUCACAAACUAUAUUGUAGAAAAGUGUGCCACCACAGCAGAAAGAUGGAUCCGCGUUGCCCAGUCACGCGAUGCUCACUACACUGUCACCAAUCUAUUCGGAAAGACAAGCUACCAAUUCCGUGUAAUAGCAGAGAAUAAAUUUGGUCAAAGUGCACCAUCUGAGCCAAGUGGACCAGUAGUGACAAAAGAAGACAAAUCAAGAGUCCUUAAUUAUGAUGAGGAAGUUGAUGACACCAUGUCUGUUUCUGUGGGUAAAGCUCCACAUUCAGAGGCUAAGAACUUACACAACAAAUACAUGAUUGCUGAAGAGCUUGGUCGUGGAAAGUUUGGCAUUGUUCAUCGCUGUGUUGAAGUUAGUUCUGAGAAGACAUUCAUGGCCAAAUUUGUUAAAGUCCGAGGUGCUGAUCAAGCAAUAGUGAAGAAAGAAAUUGCAACACUAAACUUGGCACGCCACAAGAACUUCUUGUUACUCCAUGAGUCAUUUGACAGUCCUGAAGAACUGGUCAUGAUCUAUGAGUUCAUCUCUGGUGUUGACAUAUUUGAGCGCCUUGGUACAGCUGACUUCGAGCUCAAUGAGCGUGUAAUUGUUAACUACAUCAAACAGGUAUGUGAAGCUCUUGAAUAUUUACACAGCAAGAGUUAUGGUCACUUUGAUAUCAGGCCUGAGAAUAUUGUGUACACCACAAGAAGGGGAACCACUGUCAAGAUCAUUGAAUUAGGACAAGCAAGACAUCUUACUCCUGGAGACCAAAUCAAGAUUCAGUACACAGCAGCUGAAUACUGUGCACCUGAAAUCCAUCAGAAUGAGAUGGUCAGCACUGUCACAGACAUGUGGUCUGUUGGUGUCUUAGUGUAUGUUCUUCUCAGUGGACUCAAUCCUUUCAUUGCUGAAACUAAUCAACAAACAAUUGACAACAUCUCCAAUGCAGAAUACUGUUUUGAUGAUGAGUCAUUCAAAGAUGCAAGCGUUGAAGCAUUAGACUUUAUAGACCGCCUACUUACUAAAGAUCGCAAACAUCGCAUGACUGCUGCUGAAGCCUUAAAUCAUCCUUGGCUGACUAAGAACACAGAGGAGCUUAGCACUAAGUCCAUCAAGGCCACAAGACACAAAAGAUACUACCAAGCUAUGGUGAAGAAAGAAUGGAACACAGUUGUUUCAUCUGCUCGUGUUGCCAGUGGUGGGGCUAUCAGAAGUCAGAGAGGUGUAACAGUUGCUAAAGCAAAGAUUGCACCAUUUGAACAUGGUCCAGUUGCUGGGCAAAUCAGACAUGGGGUUGUUGAUGAAGGUGAUGAUGUCAAGUUUAUUUGCAACAUUGAAAAUUAUGACAGUAGUACUGAGGUUACAUGGUACUGUGGGGUCAGACAACUUGAGGAAGGUGCUAGAUAUGAAAUUACCUAUGACGAGGGGCUUGCUACCAUAACUAUCAAAGGUAUCAACAGAACAGAUGAUGGAACAUACAGAUGCAAAGUUGUUAAUGAGUAUGGUGAGGACAGUGCAUAUGCAGAGCUCUUUGUCAAAGGUGUCAGAGAAUACCGCAGCUUCUUCACAGCAAAGAAAGUUGUAAAGAAAGUGAAACGCAGAGUAGACACAGCCAGACUUCUUCAAAGACCUCCAGAGUUCACCCUUCCUUUGUACAACCGCACUGCUUACAUUGGUGAAGAUGUUCGUUUUGGUGUCACCAUCACAGUCCACCCUGAGCCACGUGUCAUGUGGUUGAAAUCUGGGCAGAAGAUUUCCCCAGGCGACGAUGAUAGAAAAUACACUUUUGUGAGUGACAAGGGCCUGUAUCAGUUAGUGAUUCACAAACUGGACCCAGAUGAUGAUGCCGAAUACUCUGUUGUGGCACGCAACAGGUAUGGUGAUGAUAGCUGCAAGGCUCGUCUCACAGUGAUACCUCGUCCUGCACCUGCUGAUAAUACUUUGAGACCCAUGUUUAAACGCCUGUUGGCGAACCUGGAAUGCAGAGAGGGCCAGAGUGUCCGAUUUGAGAUAAGAGUGUCAGGAACACCAUCUCUAAAAUGGGAAAAAGAUGGCACACCACUGGCAUUUGGUCCACAGAUUGAAGUUGUUCAUGAGGGCUUGGACUACUUUGUCUUACACAUCAGAGACACGCUUCCAGAGGAUUCUGGUACAUACAGAGUCACUGCAACUAAUUCAGCUGGUUCUGCAAGUUGUCAAUCCACAUUGAAGGUUGAGCGUAUAGUACAUGUCAAGAAGGACUUUGAGAGUGAGGAUGAAAAGAAGAAGAAACAAGCUCUUGAACAGCAACAGAUUGACAAAAAAGUACGACUAACACAGAUUCUUGCUGGUGCAGAUGUCACCCCACUUACUCCUGUUGCACAACAAGCAUUGAGAGAGGCUGCAACCAUGUUCAAACCAGCAGUUACCACCAAGAAAGUAAAGACUGAAGCAGAGGAAGCAAAAGAAAAAGAAGAGAAAAAGAAGAGAGCUGAGGAAAAGAGGUUGAGAAUGCCAUAUAUUGUUCCUUCACCUCGUGUUCAUGCUCCUACUGCUCUUGAGGAGGAUGUGGAGAUAAAACACUUCAAACCAUUCUCUGACAUGAACUGGUACAAGAAAUUACGGGACCAGUAUGAGUUCCCUGAGCCAUUGGAUAAGAUUCCUCAGAAGAGGCUUAAACGUAUCAGGCUUUCAAGGUGGGAACAAUUCUAUGAAGUGCCUAUGCCAAGAAUUAAAGACCAUUACAAGCCAAAAUGGCGUAUUUCACAAGAUGACUUAGAAACUGUAAGACCAGCAAGGCGCCGUACUCCUUCUCCAGAAAUGGAAGCUUACUACAGAAUAAGACGACGCUCCCUUGGUGAUCUUUCUGAUGAGGAACUGCUUCUUCCAGUUAAUGAAUACCUGUCAAUGAAGAGAACUGAGGAGGAAAGACUUAAACUUGAAGAAGAACUUGAACUGGGAUACUCUGCAUCUCCUCCAAGUCUGAGCCCUGUACGCUUUGAACUUUCUGCUUUGCGCCAUCCUUCACCAAAAAGAACUGCAUAUGAUGAAGAGGAAGAAGGAGAAGAAGUUCCAACUUAUGACUCCUAUCGUAUACCCUCUAAAUAUGAGGCUGGCCCAAGCUACAUUGAUCUACGUCAGAGACAUGAAAAGGCAACAUACAGACCUCCAAGACAGAAGCAAAGGAUGUAUGAAGAAAAGGAGGACCAAGAGCUACUCAGAUCAGUCACAACCACCACAAGGCUAACCUCCUACAAGAGUCAACUGAAACACAUAGAGUUUGAGGAAAAAACAAGAAUCUCAAGAAAAGAGAAAGUAAAAGUUUCAGCACCAGCAGUGGUUGAAGGAGCUGCAGUUGACCUUCCUGAUGUACCCAUUAGAUCAUUUUCACCUGGCUAUGUAAAAGUAACACGCCCCAAGUCUAAGAUACUCCCCUCAGUAGUGAAAGAGAAAGAGGUUCCAAUGCCAGAGCAGACACGACCACGCUCCCUGAGCCCUCCUUCAACUGAAAAAGAAGUCUCUACACAAGACUUGUCCACAAAAGUUGAUUACAUGCAAAGGUAUGAGGCAAAGAAGAAAGCUCUGAAAACUAAGACAAAGUUUGAAAUUGUGACUCAGCAGCCAUUCAGUCUUGACCACAUACCUAGGGUGACAGUAAGAAUGCGCUCUCACCGUGUAUCAGUUGGUCAGAAUACAAAAUUCACACUGAAUGUCCAAUCUAAGCCCGAGGCACAAAUCCAGUGGUACCACAAUGGCCAGCCUAUUCAAGAAAGCAACAAGUACCAUAUGUAUAACAUGAGUGGAGUUCUUUCUCUCCAGAUUAUUGACUGCCAAGAAGAAGACAGUGGCACAUAUCGUGUUGUCUGCACAAAUGCAAAGGGAGAAGCCUCAGACUAUGCCACUCUUGAUGUUUCUGGAGGUGGAUUUUCUGCAUAUGCUUCUCAGCGCAAAGAUGAGGAGCCUCCAACACCCUUUGUACCUGAAAUGACAAAAAUGGAUGUUUAUCAUGUGUCAUCAACAAAAGCAGCUGCCACUUCUGAAACACAAGUGUCAGAGACAGUAACUGAAUUAAAAACAUCAGAAAUCAAAAGUGAGACAACAGAAACUGUUGUUCAUGAAGUUGUUCAGGAAGUUGUUCAUGAAGUAUAUGAAUCAUCCGAGAAGAAACUUGAAGUCACAACAGUGACCGAAGCUCCAGUAGAGACAAAGAAACCAACCCUUCCAGCUACAAUACUGACUAAACCACUCUCUCUGACAGUAUCUGAAGGAGAAUCAGCUAAAUUUACAUGUGAUGUGGAUGGUGAACCAAAACCCAGUGUAACAUGGAUAAGAGAGGGACAAACCAUUGUGUCAUCUCACCGUCAUCACGUAACAACAACAGAAUACAAGUCUACAUUUGAGAUCUCCCAAGUUGAGGUCUCAGAUGAAGGUAAUUACACAGUAGUUGUGGAGAAUUCAGAGGGUAAGCAAGAAGCUCAGUUCACCUUGACUGUUCGCAAACCAACACCUGUGCAGAAAGUUGUUGCUUCUCCACCAAGAGUGAAAUCUCCAGUCUCCCCACGCGUGAAGUCACCUAUUGGAAUCAAAUCCCCACCAAGAAUUAAGUCACCUGAGCCAAUCAGGUCACCUCAGAGAGUUAAAUCCCCACUAACAGCAAAGUCACCAACUCCAAGAGAGAAAACGGCAAAACCUACUUUCACAGGAGAACUGAAUGACAUAAUGGCUUCUUCAGAUACCAUUAUCAAGCUGACAGUGAAAGUGACUGGUGAGCCUAAACCAGUGAUCUCCUGGAUGAAAGAUGGGAAGAGUGUAUCUCAAGGUGGCAAAUUUGAGAUAUUUGAAGAACAUGGUUCUGCACAUUUUGAAAUCUAUGAUUCCAGUGUCUCUGAUAGUGGCGUAUAUAAAUGUACUGCCACAAAUAGUGCUGGAUCAGUUACGUCAAGUUGCAUUGUCACUGUUAAAGAAUCAACAAAAACAAUGUCAGGUAUUGUGGAAACAAAAGCAGAAGAAAUUGUAAAAAAGGAGAUUAUCCAUGAGGAAGUCCAGUCCUUUACAGAAAUGAAGGCAUCACAAGCACAAAUGACAAUGACUGAGGGUCAGUCUGUCAUAUUAAAAGCAAGCAUCCCUGGGGCUUCUGGCGUGAAAUGGAUUCUGAAUGGAGUGGAACUGGCAAAUUCAGAGAACUACAGAUAUGGUAUUUCUGGCAGUGACCACACUUUGACUAUAAAAAGUGUCAGCUCCUAUGAUAGAGGAAUCCUCACAUGUGAGGCAAAAACUGAACAGGGUGUGGUCAAGUGCCAUUUUGACACAGUAGUUAGUCAAAAGCGCUCAGAUGCACCACGUUUUGUAGUGCAACCACGUUCACAGAAUGUAAAUGAGGGACAGGACGUCGCAUUUACUUGUGAAAUCACAGGGGAACCUACUCCUGAAAUUGAAUGGCUCAAGGACAAUAAAGUGCUAUCCGUAACAUCAAAUAUGAAACUGAGCCGCUCUAAGAAUGUGUACACACUGGAGAUUCACAAUGCCGCUGUUGAAGACAGUGGAAAAUACACAGUAAGAGCCAAGAACCAAUUUGGACAGUGUUCUGUAACAGCAUCUCUCAAUGUUCAUACUCUGGUUGAAGAACCUGUCAAAAUGAUAGUAGUGGAGAAAGGUUCUGAUGCUACAAGCUUGCAAGGCGGCUACUCUGCCUUGCAUAUGGCUUCAACAAUGCAGGAGGCAGCCUUCCGCAGCUCCAGCAUGGCACAGGUUAAAUUUCAAAGCAUGUCUGCAACUAGCAUGACCUCCAUGACAUCUGAAACAAAGGUAGCCAUGAGUUCAAGCAGCAUGAUGGAAAUGUCCAGUCGCUCACAUGUUGCAGGAUCCGCUAUCAGAUCCAUUACUCGUGGGGUCAGAGGUGUACCACCUAAAAUUGAAGCUGCCCCUGAGGAUAUCAGCAUUGAAUCAGGAAAGGUUCUGACUGUGGCCUGUGCUUUUUCCGGAGACCCGGUGCCAGAUGUUGAGUGGUCUCAUUCAGGGAGGAUACUGUCCAGUGAAGACAGUGGAAGGUUCCAGAUUAAAACAACUGAUGAAAUCACGACACUCACCAUUAGUAGCGUGAAACACAAUGACGCUGGGGCAUACAUCCUCAAACUGUCCAAUGAGUUUGGGUCUGAUACUGCUACUGUUAAUGUGAGCAUUCGAUCUAUGUAAAGAAAAAAAAUUACAACAGUAAUAGAACCCAUAACCCCUUUUCCUUCCUGCAAUAUCUUUUUAUUUAUUGAAUGAGUUAAAAAAUACUCUGUUCUAGAUAAAGACCUGGAUCUCUGUUCUUGUAAAUAUGAACUAUUUUUAUACCAAACUUGACAUUAAUUUAUGCCAAACUAGACUAAAGUCUAAAGUUGUUAUAAAAUGUGCCAUAUUGGAUAAUUAUGACUAGGAUUUUUGAACCAUUUUUCUGUGACAUGUACAUAAUGUAUAUAGCCGAAUAUAACGGUUAUGGGAAAUGUAUGAAUUGUUAUUUAUGACAAUUUUAACUGAAAAAAUGGAACUAAUUGUUUAACAGGAGAAAGUUUCUCAUGGAACGAAUACCCUGUAAAACCUGAAACAAAACUAUGUGCCUCAACAAUAAGUUGAAGUCUUAAGAUUGCCUCAGCAGGUAGAGAGGCUCCCUGUUGAAGUUCUACAAAAUCAGAGAGACAAUGUUAUGCACUGUACAUCUGUGCAGGCAGUAAUGCAGUACUCAUGAAUUUGUAACUUGACCACAAGACCUUGAAUGCUGUUUGCAUCUUACCCUCAUGUAAGCAGCAUGACUAGGCCUUGUGUUCAGACUGACUAUGUCAUACCACUAUUUUAAUGACAUGCUCAAAGUGCGAGCGGCCUGCAGUUUGAGCUGAUGAUGUUCUGUGCACAAUUUCUGGCAAAGGACUGUUUGAAUCUGAUUUUAUGAACGUAACAUCACCUGGCCAUUCAUUUCUAAAUCAGUUCAAACGCUUCUUUGCAGAAGCUGUGCCACCUCUUGGAGGAUUGCUAGAUUAUAUUUUGUGUGUUUGUGUGUUAGUGUGUGUUAGCUUUAGAAUCUCAUCUUGUCAGCAGUCAGGGCAAACAUCAAGCAGUGUACCACAGCCACUACAUCUGCUGUGCAAAGAAAAGAAAAAAUGAAUGUAAUGCCCUGCUCUUUGAUUUAAUAGCAAUUAAUUUAUGUAGCAUCACCUAUAUAUUCAGCCUCCUUGAGUUUUAUGAAGUUCUGAUUUAAUAAAGCAUGAUUUCAGCACCAUGAA